GCCGCUGCGAGGGAGAGCGGGAAGGCGGGCUGCAGGCCGAGGCCGCGAGACCCUCCCCCGCCCGCCCGCCUGGCUCUCCCCCUCCCCCUCCUGACGCAGCGGCGGCGCCUCCUCCCCCAUUUAAACCGGGCGGCCUCCCGUCCGAGCGCAGCCGCGGCUCUGUCCUCCUGCCAGCCACCGACGCCCCGCUCCCAGGCGCCUGCAACGCGGGAGGCCGCGCCGGGACGGCCCCUCCGUAGCAGACGGAGGAGACCCCGGCCUGGCUCGGCACCGAGGGAGGGGACCAGCUGCUCUGGGCUGUAAGUAGACCCGCCUCCCCAGCGUCUUGGAGACCCAGAUGGGGCUUGACCGACGGCGGGGUGGGGUGUCGAGGAUGCCGCCGCCUCCCGCAGCACGACUUGGCAACGGGAAUGCGGGGGGGGGGUUGUCCCCCCCGCCCACGGUUCUCUUCACCCCCCCCCCCGCUGACGUUGCUCGGCUAACCGACGGGCUUGGCAGCUCCCCCCAUCCAUUCAUCCAUCCUUCCUUCCCUCCCCCGCCCUCUUCCUCGCCUUCCCCGCUGGAGCGAUGCCCGCUUGCUCGCAGCCUGCCCAGCCGCAGUGAGCAGUCUGGCUAGCUCGGGAGCCGCCUUUGUCUCUCGCCGCCUGCCUCGCAAGCGCUCGCUCUCUCGCCGCCGCCGCCGCCGCCGCCGCCACUAUGAAGGUCUGGGGACAUAAGAUAGAAUUGCUGACAGGUAAUCCGACGCCCCUCUGUUCCCUGCAGGCUCUCGGAGGUCGUGGGGUGGGGGCGGUUGCUCCAGCUUCGGAGGCUCCCACCCCCCCCACCGUGCCUCUUCUGGAUUUGAUGCAGCUGCGCUGGGGAGCCAGGCUGGCACAACUGCGGUGGACACUCCCACCCCCCCCAGGGGAGACGAGGAGGCAGCAGGGGCUGCAGAUCCAACGCCCUCUCCCCAGCUCCAGAGUGUCAGGGUGGGGUAAUUUGGAAAGGGGGGUGCUCCCUAAUGCCUCCCCCUGUACCUCAUUUCCUAAAUAGCUAAUGCUGGCAUUUGGGGGGGGGGGUUUGUUGUGCCAAAGGACCCUGAGAGUGGCAUUCCUUCCCCCCACCUUACUUGGCAAACGGUGAGGGUGUGAAAGGGUUAAAAGGGUUUGCAGGCAGCCCUGGAGGGAGCCUCUGCUCAAGGCAGCCUCCAUAAUUUCCCAUGGGAGGGCUGUGACUCAGUGGUACAGCGGCAGAUGCCCUGGCGGGGGUCCAAGUUUGGUCCAUGGCAUGCUCUGCGUUCUCCAACCUAUGACUCUCCAGAUGUUUUUUUACUACAACUCCUAGCAGAUCCUGCUGGCUGGGACUAGUUGGAGUUGUGGUCAUAGAAAUCAAGCUGCCUUAUUCUGAGUCAGGCCUUGGGUUCAUCUAGCUUCACAUUGUGCAUCCAACUGGCAGGUUUUGACCAGGGUUCUCUCCUGGAGAUGCUGGGAACUGAACCUGGGACCUUCUGAAUGUAAAGAGGAUGCUCUAACCAUUGAGCUAUGGCCCUUGAACACUGUCAUACCUGUUGAUGAGGUGGGUGCAUACUCUGCACAUGCUCAGAGGUGUGGUUUUAUUAUUUCACAUGUGAUCAGGGUAAGCCCUCGCGCUGAGAAUUGGUUUUGGAGCAGAGACCUGCUUCAAAGCACAACUCAACCUCCACACUCGGCGCUCCUUAUAGGCUGAGGCUGCCUACUCACCAUAUGUCCAAAGCAAAUUGUUUCUCCCCAUAAAGAUCCUGGGAACUUCAGUUUCUUAAGGGUGCUGGGAACUGUAGCUUGACAAGGGGUGAACUACCAUUCCCAAGAUUUUCUGGCGGGGGCGGUCAAAGCCAUCUGGAGGGCAUUGGUUGGGGAACAUUGGUUGGUGUCAGAAGAUUGCUAUGGUUACACACCACCAAUUGUCAUCAAGUCCUCUGCUUCCAAAUGUGCAACCCUUUCUGUAAAGGAGGUGCAAAGUCACUGGAGACAAUUCCUUUGCAGCCGACACCUUCAAGAGCACAACUCAUAUUGCAUUGAUCUGGGUUAGGAUGGAAGAGUCAGAGCAGGGAUUUACCACUCCCCAAGUCAUGUAUUUUUUUUUUAAAAAGGCAGGGCAUGUGAAAGGGGGUUUAAAAAUUACAUGCCAUUAGUAUUUUAAAAAGGUAAAGGGACCCCUGACCAUUAGGUCCAAUCGUGGCCGACUCUGGGGUUGCGGUGCUCAUUUCGCUUUAUUGGCCGAGGGAGCCGGCGUACAGCUUCCGGGUCAUGUGGCCAGCAUGACUAAGCCGCUUCUGGCAAACCAGAGCAGCGCACGGAAACGCCGUUUACCUUCCCACCAGAGCGGUACCUAUUUAUCUACUUGCACUUUGACGUGCUUUCGAACUGCUAGUUUGGCAGGAGCAGGGACCGAGCAACGGGAGCUCACCCCGUCGCGGGGAUUCAAACCACUGACCUUCUGAUCGGCAAGUCCUAGGCUCUGUAGUUUAAAACCACUGACCUUCCGAUCGGCAAGUCCUAGGCUCUGUGGUUUAACCCACAGCGCCACCCGCAUCCCUGUUAGUAUUUUAAAGCCAUGUAAAUAUAGGCUAGUGAAAAGAUUCCUACAGAAAGCAUUUUACAGUUUUUAUUGCUUGGAAGCACCUUAGCAAGUUUUAAAAUAGGAGCUAAUGGGUGGACUCAAGAUUCUUAUUUUUUGUUUUUUAAAAUAAGUUUGGUACCUCCUGGACUGUUCAAACCCAUUGCUCUGUUGUCACUCUCCUACACUUUAGCAGCGGUGGCCAAACUGGCCAUGAGCAGUUUGCCUGCGGCUCAUGAAAUAGUGGUGGAAGACUUGGACUGCAUUUGGUCAAGUGUGCCCCAGAGCCCUCUUGCAAGGCCUUUGAGAUGCUGCUGCUGGUGAUGUCAGUGAGGAAGUACUUUUUUUUCUCCACCAGCAUCGAAUCAGCUGCAUCAUGUCCAGCAGAUCUCUUCCUGGUGCCAAGGGGCAUUUCAACCUCCAAAUUUGUGUCCCAAGAAGGUGAAACAUCAUUAGCUCCACUGUGACCCUUUUUACUUGGCUUUUUUGCUGAUAAAAUAAAACCACUUGGCUCAGCUCCAGCUUUGAUGCUCCAGCUCAAACGGAGCCUGCUGCAGAGGGCUUAGAAAUGCUGGCAGGUCCCUGUUGCUUGGGUUGUAACACUCUGGCUCCCCUCAGUGACAUUGACUGGUUGCUUGGUGCUGUGUAGGCUGCAACAUGUAGUGUAGAUUUCUGUCCCUUGCGGUUGGUGAAAGACAGCAAUAGGCAGCCUCUAGUGCUACAGGUCAAAGCAAACAAAGUGUGUGUCUGUGUCCUGCAUUCUCGUAAGGAAGGAGUGAUUUGUUCUUGUCUCCAAAAACCAACUCUAUCAGUAAAGGGGGCUUGGCCAGCUUUAGACCUGUGGUAGCAGAACCAUUCAUUUCUUCUCUCUCUCUCUUUUUAUUACUUCUAUUAUUAUUUCAUUAUAUAGUGUAUAUAAAAAAGAGAAUAUGACAACAGAUGAAAAUUAAAAGAUGAAAAACAAAACUAUAAAGUAGGCAUGUAGCACACUGGGUUAAAAUAGCCAAGUGCAAGUAAAGACUAUCAGUGUUACCACAUUAUCAAGUCUAGUUCCAGAUUUACUAGGCUGGUGACGAGGUUUGUCUUGAAAAUGGUGGCUCCUCCAUAUAUGCAUUUUACAUAAUGCCAAAUUAUAUAAAAAGUGUCCGGAGGUUCUAGUCCGUGUUGAAAUCUCAAAAUAAGGCAUUUCUUAUGUUGUCCCACUUGAGUCUGGCUUGUAAGUGUGCAACAGAGACAGAAAUUGUUGUCUUUGCCCUGUUUUGCUGAGGCUUGAGGCCUGCAAGAAUUACUGAUUUCUGGAGCUUCUUCCAAGACAAGGUGGUUCACAACCUUGGACAGCUCCCAGUGAGACCAGGCGGCUUGCCUCAGCAGUCAUCUAAAGGUAGGCGGGGCCUUCUCUUCCCAUGACCCGCUCUCUGCCGCCAGUGUAAGCAAAGGCCUAUGAUUCUUCAAGUGUCUGCUCCUUCAUGCCUAGGGAGCAGGAGAAACUGGAGAAAGCUGUAGAGCAAUGUUUCUCAACCUGUGGGCCCUGAGAUGUUGUUGGACUACAACUCCCAUCAUUCCUAGCCAGCAUGACCAGUGGUCAGGGAUGAUGGGAGUUGUAGUCCAACAACAUCUGGGGACCCACAGGUUGAGAACCACUGCUGUAGAGUCAUUGUGAGGAUGAUGGAAGAGCCAUGUGCUCAAACGGGAGAGUGUAGAAGGGGUGCUGAGGGUUCCCCCUCAAGAAAGUCAACUGGUGUGUCAUCUGCAUCCUCCCCAGACCCUAAAACAGGACACAUGAUAGUCCUGGUGGUUUACCUUCGUCUUGCAUGUGGCUGAGGCUGAUGGAGGUGCAGUUCCCAACAUCUGAAAGGCAGAAGUUUGGCAAAGUCUGGUCUUGAGCUUGACAGCCAUAAUACAGACAACGUUGAUCUUCUAAAACCUCCCAGUGGCUUUUGAUAAUGUGGAUCAUACCAUUCUUUCACAGCACCUCCAGAUCUCGUUUGGAGUUUGGAGGAUGACUCUCCUUUGGCUCCAUUCCUCCUUGUCUGGAUGGACGCAGGGUGUAUAAUUGGGGAUGCUGACUCUGCUCCUUGGGGACUGGACUAUGGUGUUCUGCUAGGAUUUUCCGUAGCACUCAUUCUGUACUUUGGGACUGAAGUGCCAUUAGUGUGAUGAACACAUCCAGUUCUAAACAUUCCAGUUUCUGAAAGUGGCAUUCAUAUAGAGAAUAAUAUUUUUUUCUUUGUAAAGAGCGUGUUGGAUUACAAGUCAAGGUACAGGCAGGGAAGCAGUAUAUAUCAUCCCUGUGGAAAUGGAGUGCAUGUAGAAGUUGUUUAAGCAAGUAAUAGUAGGAAACAGCAUCUAACAAGGCAUGCACAACCUUUCUUGGGAAGGUUGGUGGCAGGUCAAAGCCUGAUUAAUUAAUAUUGAGAAAGGGAGAUCAGGGCAAAGCUGGACUUGCCUUAUGUGGGUCCAGUGGGUUGCGCCAGUCAUCUUCCACCAAGUGUAGCCUCAGGUCAUGGGUCCUUGGUGGCUGGAGUGCUCUUCUGAGACGAGCGUAGUAAAUUUAAGUUUAAUCCAGGCACAGUAAUGUUUGUGGGAUCCCAUUUUGAAGGCGUGGGACUGCCCCUAUUUGAUGGCGCUGUGAAUUCCUCAUCAGGAGAGAGGUGUGAACCAGCUCUGCUUUUGCAUAGGCAUCUUGCUACAUUGGCUAAAUUUGCUUAAAGUACAAAAGAAGAGCUUUGGUAGGGUGAAUCAAAGGGGGCCUAUCUUGUUUACCACCUUCUAUUACAUAGGAGCCAACCAGAUGUCUCUGGGAAGGCCUGCACACAAUAGUCCCACUCCUUCUGUUGUUCCCCAGAAGCUGGUAAUUCAGAGACUAACGACAUCUAGAGGGAGCAUCUACACUUUUAUUGGCUCCAUCUAUUGCAUGGGCUCCAUGCCUUUCUGACAGAGAGGAUCCUCUAACACUCAACCUCCAGGCUUGACUGCCACAAUGUGCUCCACUGGCCCUGUAGCUUCAGGCUCUGAUGUUCCUUUUGCCUGCCUCCAUUCCUGUUUGAGGCAAAGAGGGGCAUAUCAAAUCUGUUAAUGCUUCUGAAUUACAGAAUCAAGAUUUGUGAAGUGGCAGGAAGGGUGCUUUGCUUGUAUUGCUCCUAUACACAAGAGAACUUUGGAUCAGAGAAUAUGAUGCUUUGCAGAAGGGAAGGAUUUCUUGCUGGGGACUGAAUGAAGAGAGAGAUGUUGAGUAGGAGAACUUUGGGUGACUGACAGAAACAAAUUUAGGAGAGAUGAAGUCACAGGUAGGGACCCUAGAGAAAGUUGCAGAGGGGUGGGCCUACAAGUAAUGUGGAAAACAAGAGAAAAGGGGAGCAAAUCAUGGCAAGGCCAAUGGAGAGCCUUCAGUAAGUGGCUACAUUUCAUCUUCAACUCCAUUUUUCACUAGGAAAGGAUGACCUUUAUUGAGGCCCUGGUGUAAAUGUUCAAAGCAAACCUUGGGACUUAAUCAUUUCUGAUAUUUAAUGUUGAAAACCACCAAGCACUGUCUUUAGAUGACAAAAUUAUACCCUUGUUGUUAUAAGCUUUACCAGGACUGGAUGUGAAAUGUCCAGAGCAAUGACAGAUCAAAUGGCUUUUCAGACAUUUUCUUGCAUGUAUUAUGCAUUCUUUAAAGUAUGAGAAAGUUCUGCAGUUUAGUGUAGAGCAUCUGCUUUCUAUCUAGAAGGUCCCAUUUACAAUCUUGGCAGCAUCUCCAGGUAGGGCUGGGAAUGGUUCCCUGCCUGAAACCCUGGAGAGUCGCUGGUUGGCAGUACAGUCAUACCUUGGUUUAGGAACAGCUUAGUUCCUGAACGUUUUGGCUCCCGAAUCCCGCAGACUGUUCUGUUCUGUUUUGUGAACUAUUUUUGGAAGACGAACGUUCGACGGGGCUUCUGGGGCUUCCGAUUUGCUGCAGCCAAUCAGAAGCUGCACUUUGGUUUUUGAACGUUUUGGAAGUCAAACGGACUUCUGGAAUGGAUUCUGUUCGACUUCCAAGGUACGACUGUACUAGCUGCUAGAUGGACCUAGCACUAGCUAAUUUGGCCCAGUAUCAGAUAGCUUCUAAUGCAGUAAUUGCAGAUGUGCUAUCAAAUGUGUUCCUUCCAACAAAUCAGUUCUUGUAAAGGUGUGCCUAAAGCAAUAAAGGAAGGCUCAAGAAAUGAAUGGACUGGAGUACUUCCUCAUUCCUAGACAAGCUUUUGCUUAAGUGCAGCUGUAGAGUUGGCCUUGAAAUUUACCAGUUUAAUAUCAGCAUUUGGGGACAUUUCCUCCUGGUGCUAUUCUUAGCAAUGCUAUCAAGGCUUCCUCUCCUCUUCUGUACCUGGGCUGACUCCAUGUUCUAACCUUUAAUACUCUGGUUGCUUUGUCCCACCUCUUCUUUCUGUCCUUGGACUUUUGUCCUUGCUCAAACUCUCCUUCUUCAGCCACUCUGUCCAUCCAAUCUUGCUGCCCUUUGUUUAUAUCAACAUAUACAAGCCCCCCUCCUUCAAGUCUGAGAGAAAUGGGACAGCUGCAUUCUUAGGCAGGGGCAGUAUGGAAAGGAGAGGGGACUGGGGGCUCAUCCCUCCCGUAUGGAAUGACUCAGAGACCACCCUCAGAGCAAUACUAGGACCUGGAUGCAGCAGGGAAUAGGAUGCAGACUCUGCUCACCCUUAACAGAGGAGUCCAGCUCGGUUUGCAAUGACAUGUGAAGUGACUCCCAUCAGGGUAGGACCUCUUGCUGCCCCAAGCGUCCGUCAGAAUGCCUGGCAAACCUCGCAGGUCUGAGGGGUCUGCCCCACACCCUACUUGACAUUGUAAAGCUGCAGCACUGUCACCAUGAGGCAAAGAUGGAUAUGCGUGAGCUGCAAUGCCACAUCAUAGGUAGAACCAGGCAGAGGGCCUUCUCAGUAGUGGCGCCUGCCCUGUGGAAUGCCCUCCCAUCAGAUGUCAAGGAAAUAAGCAACUAUCCUACUUUUAAAAGACAUCUGAAGGCAGCCCUGUUUAGGGAAGUUUUUAAUGUUUAAUGCUGUAUUGUGUUUUUAAUAUUCGAUUGGGAGCCACCCAGAGUGGCUGGGUAAACCCAGCCAGAUGGGCGGGGUAUAAAUAAAUCAUCAUCAUCAUCAUCAUCAUCAUCAUCAUCAUCUGUGAAGGGUGUUCUGCUGAAAGAAGCCAGCAGGCAGGCAAGAGUGAGUUGUUGUUGUUGUUUAGUCGUUUAGUCAUGUCCCACUCUUCGUGACCCCAUGGACCAGAGCACGCCAGGCACUUCUGUCUUCCACUGUCUCCCGCAGUUUGGUCAGACCCAUGUUUGUAGCUUCGAGAACACUGUCCAACCAUCUCAUCCUCUGUCGUCCCCUUCUCCUUGUGCCUUCAAUCUUUCCCAACAUCAGGGUCUUUUCCAGGGAGUCUUCUCUUCUCAUGAGGUGGCCAAAGUAUUGGAGCCUCAGCUUCACGAUCUGUCCUUCCAAUGAGCACUCAGGGCUAAUUUCCUUAAGAAUGGGUGCGUUUGAUCUUCUUGCAGUCCAUGGGACUCUCAAGAGUCUCCUCCAGCACCACAGUUCAAAAGCAUCAAUUCUUCGGCGAUCAGCCUUCUUUAUGGUCCAGCUCUCACUUCCAUACAUCACUACUGGGAAAACCAUGGCUUUUACUAUACGGACCUUUGUUGGCAAGGUGAUGUCUCUGCUUUUAAGAUGUUGUCUAGGUUUGCCAUCGCCUUUCUCCCAAGGAGCAGGCGUCUUUUAAUUUCGUGACUGCUGUCACCAUCUGCAGUGAUCAUGGAGCCCAAGAAAGUAAAAUCUCUCACUGCCUCCAUUUCUUCCCCUUCUAUUUGCCAGGAGGUGAUGGGCCCAGUGGCCAUGAUCUUCGUUUUUUUUGAUGUUGAGCUUCAGACCAUAUUUUGCGCUCUCCUCUUUCACCCUCAUUAAAAGGUUCUUUAAUUCCUCCCCACUUUCUGCCAUCAAGGUUGUGUCAUCUGCAUAUCUGAGGUUGUUGAUAUUUCUUCUGGCAAUCUUAAUUCCGGCUUGGGAAUCAUCCAGCCCAGCCUUUCGCAUGAUGAAUUCUGCAUAUAAGUUAAAUAAGCAGGGAGACAAUAUACAGCCUUGUCGUACUCCUUUCCCAAUUUUGAACCAAUCAGUUGUUCCAUAUCCAGUUCUAACUGUAGCUUCUUGUCCCACAUAGAGAUUUCUCAGGAGACAGAUGAGGUGAUCAGGCACUCCCAUUUCUUUAAGAACUUGCCAUAGUUUGCUGUGGUCGACACAGUCAAAGGCUUUUGCAUAGUCAAUGAAGCAAAAGUAGAUGUCUUUCUGGAACUCUCUAGCUUUCUCCAUAAUCCAGUGCAUGUUUGCAAUUUGGUCUCUGGUUCCUCUGCCUCUUCUAAAUCCAGCUUGCACUUCUGGGAGUUCUCGGUCCACAUACUGCUUGAGUCUUCCUUGUAGAAUUUUAAGCAUAACCUUGCUAGUGUGUGAAGGCAAGAGUGAGAGAAGGUAUCAAUGCAGGACCUGGCUAUGGAAAAGCAGUGGUGGCUUCUUCUCCUAGCUUCUGAUCACAAGGCAAAAAAAAACCCCAACAACCUUUGUGAUCCCAUCUGGUCUUCCUCUUCAUCCCUCCCUCCCCAGCAAGUUUCCUUUUCCUGGCAGACCCUUCCCCCAGGCUUCUGUCCUGUGACUUGAGCCCCCACUCCACCCCCUAAGCCCUGAGCUAGCUGGUCAUCUCUUCUCCUUUCCCCUUGGCUCCCACUCCCUGCAGAAUCAGUUGCCCUCUGGCCUCCCUGGCAUCACCUGGCUUCCCUUCUUUUGCAGACAGCUUCAUGAGUUUCUACCCAGGUGCAGAGGCCCUCUGGCUCCAGCCCAGUUCCUGUCUCCAUGCAUCACCAGGCAGACAGAUUCAGCUCCUUCUGACCCAAGCUUCCCUGCCCUUGGGAGUCAGGAGAGCUAGCCCCAUGACAAGGCAGCUUGGUGAGCAUCAACGAUGCCACUGGAAACAUUUCCCAGCCCCUGCCCAGUCUGUGAGAGUUUACCAACUUUUGUUCCCUCAGGACUAGAAACUUGCUUUUUCAAAAAAAGGAAAAAAGUUGAGAUUCUCAGCACAUUGAAAUAAGAAGCCAAUGCCAAUUCCUGAUUUAGUGCAACAGAAUCAUUGAUGGCAAACAACUCUACCCAUGACUUGGUAGCCCCCCAAGCGACACAGGGCCACUGCUGGAAAGCCAAAGGAACCAGGCAAUCAUGGAGCCUGCUUUGUAGGGUAUGCGGAGGCCAUUCCUAGUAAACUGCUGCAGAGGGAGACUGUUCUGAAGGCUUCCUGCCUCCAUCUGUCCUCUGCUUUACUGUGCUAAACCCUCUCUGGUGUGCAGUGAAAUCGGCACUCUAGUGUGUGUUACUUGGCUGGGGCUUCCCAAUGCAGCAAGACAGAGAGUGGGUGUUUGCAGCCCAGAUUGUUGCCUCAUUGGGGCCCCCGGAAAUGUGCAGAGCUCUAGGCUCCAUGAAGGAGGCAUGUUGUACUGCUGCUGUUUUAGAUGGUUCCUCCUCAAACCUCGGUGUGCUUUGAGUGGGCUGUGCCCUAAACGGUGGCUUACAUAAAGGUAAUAAACAAUAAAAAUAAAAUUAACACACACACCCCUGCACUACUUCCUCCUCUUCUCUGGAGAGCAAAAGCUGUGCAAUCGCCACAUGGUACCACCUUCUUCUGCCCAUUUGCUUCAUGCGCUAAAUGCUCCCCACAGUUUGUGCUCUGGGUUUCGCUCCGUCAGGGUGGAUGAAGAGGAGUUGUGUGAAGGAUUAUGCACAGCAUGUGCAGACCAAGGGUCUGCAGGGGGGAGUCCCAGAGUCUGUCUCCACCAGGUGACUGCCUAGUGGGUGCAAAUGGAUCAAGACCCCAUUGCAGUGAGUGGGUAACAUCUUUGAGGCCCAGGAUGGCUUGUGGGCAAAUCCUCCUGCUGCCCCUGAUGUGCCCCUUCUGCCUCCAUGUGCAGUGGCUGCUGCUGGCAAUGUCCUCCCAGGGCUGUGCUCUGUCUCAGCCAUAGGUGGCACUGCCCAUGCUGCCCUGUGGCAUUAUCCCACUUGCAUGUGCCUCUUGACUGGCACAAGCAGCCACAGGGCUGGGUUCUUAGCCUUGCCAGAAUGUUCUGUGUAGUUUGUUUCCCCCGAGGAGAACUGGGCUCCUCAACUGGAGCAGGGAGGGAUAGAGUGCAGUUUAUGUUUUUUAAAUUUAAAUCUUAUUUAUUUAUCCUGCCAUGUCUUCCCCAAAAGGCACUCAAAGUGACUCAUACCAUAAUUUUUUAAAAAAACCCAUACAAAAAAACCAUGGGCAUCCAUAAAACCAUCCUCCCAAAUAAAGAAAAUGCAAGUACAGCAAAAUUGCAAUGCGUUAAUGAACAAAAGGACGCAGAGCAUGUUUCUUUCCCCAUGUUCAGGUUACGACCCCCAGCUGCUCCUCAGAAAGCCAGAAGAUUUUGCAACAGGCAAAGCUGCUGGUGGUAUUAUGAAUUGCAAUGCAGGAGAUACUGGCAACGGCCCCAAAUGAGACAUUCUCCUUCCUCCCCAGGGAAUGUGACUUCUUGCCAGUUAACUGCAAACUGGCAGCAAAGGUCCCCAUGUAUCCUGUUUCUGGCUUAAAGAAGCAGCUCUCUUUCUCUCUUUCAACUUCUCCAAGUCACUGCUGCUGCAAUCUGCAAAAAGCCAAGCCAAGGCUCACAUGAGGUGGUCUCUGUUUUCGGCUUGGGCCUUUUGCAUCUGGCUCUGGCAGCAUGUGCAGGAAGUCACCUGGUUGCCUGUGGAGACACCUGCAAGGUCUCCAGGGACAGCAGUGGGAACAGGACAUGUGGGGCAGAGGCUCACAUUAUCUCUGUGGAUGGGGUGUUGCUGUGUCCUUGUCCAGCCACUGCCAUUUGCCCUCCUACAAAACUUGUGUAAGGCUGGGACCUCUGUUGGCCUGAAUAAGAGGUUUUCUUCUGAAGUCAGAUGAGGUGGUGGCUUUGAGCAGCUAAUCUGUGGGAGCCAGAGGCACAAACUUGAAGAAAAUGGUGAGCAGGGCAGACAAGGACAGUGAUAUGGGAUGGAGUGUGAGGGGCCUCUUUGCUCCAGCUGAGAAACAGCAUCCCCGUUCUAGCGAGCCUCUUCCCACCUGGGAAACUGCAGAUGCAGCCAUGGGUGGACCAGCAACACAAAUAGUCUUGGGCAAGCCGUGAUUCUCCUGGCCUCAGUGUUCCCCCAUCCACCCUCAAAUCUGUCUUACAGGCAUGAUAACACUGGCCUGACUUACAGGGCUGUUGGAAGCAUGACUGAGCUAAUGUGGGCCAAGUGCUCUAUGAAUACCAAGCACGGUGACAAAUCCAACUUUACUUCCUGCUCCUGAACAGGAAACUCUGCCACCUGAAGUGUAAGGAGGUCCAGGGAAGUUUUGCCUGGUUCCUGCCUGGGUCAGGAUUUGGGCACCCCUGGGGCUGUGCUGACUGCUGUGCUUGCAUUUUCCUCUUGUGCAGGACUUUUGCUGCAGGAAGUGACCAUGGCCGGCCUGCAUGAGCAGCGAUUUACAGAAGAGAAGCCACUGCUUCGGGGGCAGGACACUGAGCUGGUGAGUCCUGCUGGAUUUGGCAUCACUUAGCAAAAAUAAUUUAACAAGUGGACAAACCAAGUGGUAGCUGAUAAGUGUAUGGAAUUGACAAGAGAGCAAGCAACCCCUGGACUUAAAUCUAAGCUUUUCCCAGGACUGGUGCAAGGUUCAGCCAUUGUCAAACUGCUUUGGGAACGGUGUCCAUGAUGGUCUCAGAUUCAAAAGAUACCUGAGUGAGAAAUUACUCAGAAAGUCAGCAACAGUUGGGAAGGACUCUUCCUUUAAAGCCCUAGUUUUGGGCUUCUCAAAGGCAUCUAAUCGACUAGUGGGGAAACGAGGCUGAUGCACUAGGUAGGUCUUUGGUCUCAUCUAGCAAGGUUCUUAAGAUACUUGUCCUGAAACUUGUGCCAGUGUGACUUUGAGCUGGUCACACACCCAUCACUUUCAUUCCAGAGACCUCUUCCACUGGAGAUCUGUGGUCUGUGGCCUCAGGACCAAAUUCAGACCCUUUAUACUGCAUAGACUGCCAGUUGCUCACUCAGAGGCAAGAGGGAUGUAUGUGGGUGUAGAGACGGCCAUUGGGCCACAAGCAGGAAGCAGGACCCUGCCUACCACCCUCCAUUCCUUCUUCAGUAUGGAUCCCCAGUAAACAAGAGGAUGAGCAGAGCCUGAUGGAAAAGCCAAAACCCUCCAGGAUAUGUUGGCAGGUGGGCCUCUGGUGGGAUGCUGAUGUGGGUGCCACCAAUAAGGAACUUAAGAUACAAGCCUGGUGAGCCAUGUCAGUAACAAAGAAGUUUGGAAGCUGUCUUCUGCCAUGAUAGAUAUGCAAAUAUUUAUAUCUUGAUUUAAAUCCAGCUCCAAACAGGUGUGUGCAAGUGAAAUUCCAAACUCUGGCUGACUAUCAUUUUCUCCUGGCUUGAGGAGAGAGAGGUCAGCCUACUUGGUACUUCACACCAGCACACAGCCAACUCCCCAAUUUCCACUUGGCAUCUACGCCACGGCCUCUGGCCAGCAUGUUGACCAACCAGUCUUCCUCCCAAAAUCUGUGCUCUAGAGAUGGGCAGAGAUUCUCCUAGGCAGUUGCACCUACUCUUAAACUGCAAAUUUGAGGGAGAGGCUGGCGGUUGUAUGGCUGUGACAUUGCCAAGGUUUGCCAGUGACAAUCUGGAGUUUCUCGGGUUCUCCAUCCCGAUUUGUAGAGAGGAUAGAUCCCAAACAUAUGGGACGUAUGGUGAUGACGUCCCAGGUUUGGGGAGUGCACUCAGUAGUCUUGAAAGAAAGUCAUGAGCUAUAAUAACCUGUAUGAGAAGUAAUGGUUUGAUUCUGUCUGUUUCCUUCCCAGGAGAAUUCAGAUACUUUCCUCUCUGCAGUAAACACAGACUGGAAGGUAAGUUGCAAUGUCUUCUCCUUGCCUUUGUGCACCUGCCAUGCUCAGCAUGGUUCAAUACAUGCAGGCCGGGGCUUAAACUUAUCUACACACUGUUUCAAGAGAUUGGAAUAAUUUUUAUGUCAUGAUUUUUGCAUUAAUAUUCUAAAAUUUAUGAGAGGAGGAACGGAUUGGAGGAUAUUUUACACUAACACCACAUAGCUGCUGAUAGCAUGAAUAAUAUGGAAAGCCUUACAUUGGAAAAUCUGCUCCUUUCUAAUACAAUGUCUUUUACAUGGCGUAAGAAAAAAAAAAUGUCAGAAAUGGCAUUUUGGGGCUACAAGGAAAGGCACGUAUUAACUCUGAAUAAAGGUAUGCUGUUCAAGGUGUUGUCACCUGCCAGGCUGGGCUUCCAUUGGUCAGUUUCUUUUAGCUAAUGUGGGAGCCAAAUGCGUGGUUUAGCAAAGUCAAUCUGGCAGGUGUCUCUAGUGAUUUUUAUGCAAUUAACCACAUGAGUUGUGAUGUUUAAGACAACUUUUGUUUAUUUAAAGUCAGAUAACAAGCAGAGUUGCAAUUGGGUAACUAGGCAAUGGCCUUAUCGGACAGAGCAAAACCAACAUCACAGGCAAGAACUGAAGAACAAGGCCAUAGGUUUAUCCAUCUGUGGCAGCAAAUUCCUUUGCAUGUCUUCAGAGACAUAUUGACUCUGUUAAAACAGGAGGGGGGGUUAUUAGUUUGUGUGUGUGUGUGUUUUGUUCUUAUUUUUCUCUUGUAUUUUGUGUUUUUAUAUUGUAUGUCUAUGUUGUGAACCGCCCUGAGAUCUACGGAUUAAGGGUGCUCUACAAAUUUAAUAAAUAAUAAAUUAAUAAGAAUAACAUCUAUUCAUACUUUUACUGCCUUUACACCUUAGACCAUCUGUCAGUGUACUUAUCAAUAAUUUUCUCACUGCAUCUCCCAAGUUAUAUUUUAGGCUACUCAUCACUACAUAGGGCUUCUUGUCACAUUAGCUUUCUUUAUGUAGCCUUCACCAACCCUGUGCCUACCUUUCCCUGGGACUAGGUAGAGGAAGCAAUGCUUUGGUUCCUUCUCCCACAACUGUCUUUGCCUCUGGGAGAGGGCAGCACUGGUGCGUGAAGGUGUUUUAUUGUGGGGGUUGAGACACAACCUUUGCACAGCAGAAGGACUGACUCCUACUGCACAGGGAGUAACAGGAUAAAACCUUCAGGCACCUGCAAGGGGUAUGCCCUGACAGGCCUCAGGCUGAACCCUCUGUUGCACAUGAGAUGCCACCCCAAAGGCCGUCCCCCCCAUUGGGUGAGCCUGCUGAUUUGACUGGCCAAGUGGCUAAAGAAGGGAAGUCCAUUACCUACCCAGUCCAAAUAUUUUUUCUCUCCCUUGCCUCAAGAACCUCACCUUUUGCUCCGGAGGGGGAUUUUCAAAUAUUGUGGUGGUGUCUCUGUUUCCCAGUCACCAAAGUUGCCUCUGUUCCCUGAAUUUGCAAUCAAUCUGGGGCUCUAGGUUGGAAGAUCACAGUGAGACAUCAAAAUGACAUUUACCCAGAAACCCUAAUCUGUGGAGGCUACCAAGACUCUUGAUUGAAAUAACUGCAGACUUGAAGAGUGUGGUUGUUAUUGAUUCUUUUAUUGUUUAAUUUAACAAUUUAAACUGUAAUCAUCAUUAUCAGGGCAGCUUGACAGUCAGUUUCUUCUGGGUCAAAGCAGAUGGGCAGAUGUGCAUAUUGAAUGGAUGGGUGAGCGGACUGCUCGUCAGAGGAAGACCCCAACUUUGUGGAAUGGUGGUUCAGAAGAUUGGAAAAUGGGCUUAGACAUCUGGCAUGAGCCUGACUAGAUAGCAGACACAUCUGGCAAUGCAGACCUGAGAGCUAGAAGCCAGGUGAGGGCCACAUCUGCCCUUUCCAGUCUAGCUCUGGAAGUUUAGCUCUGCUGACAGCAGGAACUUGCUGUGGAAUGGCUUUCUCCCAACCUGGUGCCCUCCAGAUGUUUUAGUCCAAUAACAUGUGGAUGGCAUCAAGUUGGGUAGAGCUGUUGUGGAAAAGAAGGUGGCCUCUUGUCUGUUGCAGAAGCUGCGUGGAGGGGUGUUGAGUGCCUGAAAUCCAAGCUCAUUUGGCUGGGAGGAAUUGCUCUUGUUUCCAUGGUAGUGGUUGCUUGAGCAACAGUUCUUUGAGUACUCUCAUGUCAAAGCUUCAGCAGCUCUUUUGCGUGCCACUGACUUUUCUUUCGUUUUCAUGCCCAAAGAGACAAAAGUCUGCAGCUUCUGAGCCCUCAUUGCUUAGACUAUGAACUGUCAUGUGGGGAAGGAUGGAGACCAUGCUAACGGCUGGCCUCCCCAACAAGCAAAGCUAGGCAAGGGUGGGCUGCUUGGGAAAUUGCUCAACUCCUCUUCACCUGUAUGCUUUACAAGCCUGGCAGGAGCUUCCUCUUGUCCUUUAGACUAAGACAUUUGUUAUAUGUUGCUGUUGUUCUGUAAGUAGCCUUGGUGUUUGAAUAGCAAAGCAAAACACAAAUCAUUUUAAUAUAGUGUUAAAAAUAAAUAUUUGGCAUAUCCACAGUUUUCCUCCAAUGCAUACUCUGAGCAUCCUCAGCAUAAUGUCCUAGUUUUGACCACAAAGGAGAAUCCCCAGACAACUAGGCACUGUCUCCACUCCCUCCCUCCUUCUUUCCAUGCCUUUCUGUGGUUGGAUCCCUUUUCCCCAGAUGCCGAUGUAAGGAAGAACCUGAAUCAUGGAAGUUGAAUAAAACAUGGGAGACUAGCCACACAGAGGCAAACAAACUUGUUUUGCCUCAGUCCUCGCAAUGGUAGGGCCUGGGCUUCCUGCUUCUUGCAUCCCUUUGAUUUGCUGAUAGGAGGAUCUCCAAGCAGUGUUAACUGCAGGUUAGAUUGCAGGUUCUUGCUCAGUAUGCAUUUAUGAUUAUUCCAGCCACUCCAGAGCUGGUCUUUUUGGAACUGCACAGACCAGGUCUCGCUUUGACUCUCAGUGUGGUUUGGUGCUGGAUUCAUUGUGUUUGCCUAUACCUCUUAGAGAACUGGAUGGACUUUCAAAAGCAGGGCAGGAGUGCUCCUUCUCCUCCUCCUAACCACACCUCCUAACUGUGCACAUUCUUCCCUGCUCCACCCUCCACAGCUACCACACCACGGACCUCUACCACAACCUGAUAGGAGGAGACCUCUCCUUUCACUUACUGCGAUCUCAUUCAGUGUGGCCACAGCCACAUUUCUUGCUGUUCAGGGGCUAACAAACAUCUCAGUCAUUUUCUUCUAACAUUUCGCAAAGCCUCUGUCUGCUUGCUUUCAAGUGUGUACUCCUUGCUAGAAGUACAGUGGUACCUCGGGUUACAUACACUUCAGGUUACAGAUUCCGCUAACCUAGAAAUAUUACCUCGGGUUAAGAACUUUGCUUCAGGAUGAGAACAGAAAUCGUGCAGCGGUGGUGCAGCAGCAGGAGGAGGCCCCAUUAGCUAAAGUGGUGCUUCAGGUUAAGAACAGUUUCAGGUUAAGAACAGACCUCCAGAACGAAUUAAGUACUUAACCCGAGGUACCGCUGUAUUAAAAUUCUGUGCCCAUCAUAGCUGGAUUGUGUGACCAAUAUGAAAUUGUUCAAAUUUGCUGUUUUGUAUUAUACAUUCUAGUUUUGCUCACCAUGAGAAGGGACUGCUGAAAAUCUGGUUCAGCAGCUGCUCUGACUUCUGAAACUUCAACCAUCAGUGCCCAGACACUUUAUAGCUGUAAAGGAUCUUGCUUUUUAAAAAUUAAAGAACCAUGAAAUUCUCAGAAAGUUGAAUUCUUUGCCUUCAAUUUCACAUAAUCUGCUUUUCCUGCUCUUCCUGAUAAUGUAAGUCCAGGUCCUUUUUGAAGCUCUUGUGUAGCAUGACUACAUUGGGCUUUAAACUAUCCUGGCUGUCAGUUUCCUUGGAGGGCUCUGGGUUUUUGCAUCUUCAGAGAGUUUUCCUGCUUUGUCACCAGAAAUCUGGACGGUUUUUGUAGGAGCUGGCACAGGAACACAGACCAUUGAACAUCUGUUUGCACUUAUCCUCAUAAAAGAUACAGAGAGAGAAUGAAUUAAUAGAUGAAUGAAAUAACUGCAAGAGCCGGGUUUUAUUUCGUUUCAAUUCCAGGUAGACAAUGUUCUGUGGCCUGUGAAUGAUGGGAAUGAGCUGUUCUUCCCAUUAGGAACUGCAAAUGCUGCCCCAACACAGCCCGUGAAAUCACUCCUGCUGUUUCCUGGCACAAGUGACAGCUUUCUUUCUUCUUUCUGCUGCCCCAGCUCUAAGAAGGAGCGCUUCUGGUCAUCGAUUAAAAAAAAUAAUAAUCAGAUCAAUUCAUGUCUCCAGCAUGCUGAAGAGGUUAAAAUCAACUAUUUCUGGUCUGUGAGCUACUUUGUGCUCCUAUUGCAAGUCAUUGCAGGAUGAGGUUCACUGAAGCUAAACUCCAGUGAUCCAUCUUUUGUUUAUUCAUUUAUAGGAUUUGUAGACCACCUUUCAGUGCAAGAUGCCCAGGGCGGCAUCUCAUGAAAGCAGGGAAAGCACCAUAUAGAAGCCACACAAAUGGCACCAGCAGCAGUUUCCAAGGGUCAGUAAAAUUAGUAUAUUCAAUACAGAGCACUGCACGCCAAAAAGUUCUGUCCUCAGAUGCCACCCACCUAAUUUUGAAUACUGUGUCGGUGCAUGUAGAAUGAGAUGCUAAAGAGGUCUUCCAAUGAAGAGCAGGCUCAUAUGGGCCAAAGGUGAGCCUGUUCCCAAACAGUUCAGGGCUCUGUUGGCUGCUAAGCAGAAGCUAGCAAUGUCUGUCAGUGGUGAGAAAGGAUGCCAUUAUGCCCCGCUGUCAAGGAUCUCACCCCUGCAGGAGUCUGGUCACCUUCUCCCCAUGGCAAUUCCUCCUCUGGGCUACACCACAGAGGCAAUGCUGCACUCUCAUAUUAUAACUGGGGGAGGAAACCUUCCCCUCUUCAUGUUGCUCAUAAUUUUCUAAAUAUCUCUCUGACCUCCACAAAGUGGGGCUUUCCAGCUGAGAAAAACAUAGCUACAGUGCUUCAACCUUUACAUGUGUGGAGGGCAUUUUAGCCCCAGGAUAAUUUCCCCUUUUUGUUUUCUGUGCCACAAUAUUAUUUUUGAGACGGGUUGACUUGAACUGUGAGUCCUAUUCCAGGUGUGGCCACACCGUUGGUUUAUGAAAUAUUAUUAAAUGUUUGGCUUUCUUAAUAACCUCUUGGAACUGAUUUUGCUUCUCUCUCAUUGCAACAGUCCACCGUGUGGACCCUACCUAAGAUCUCUCUCUUGGAUAAUCACAACCAAUUUCUUACCUCAUUCCGGUUCUCUGGUCACAUGCUGGCUAGCCCCAAAUAAUUCUGAAUCAUUUCAAUAUCAGCAGUUUUGAUUGGUUUAGGAUUUCUCCUGUGGUCCUACCAGUGAGAGUUACAUGCUUUAUUUACAUGCUCCACCUUUAUUGGUUGGUUCUUCAGACACGCAAAUUUGGAAACAGUGCCGUUAAUUUCUAAAUAAAUCUAGAUUGUUUUGGGUAAGGGCCGUAGCUCAGUGUUGCAGCAUAGGUUCUACAUGCAGAAGGUCCCAGGUUCAAUACACGCCAUCUGCAGGUAGACCUGGGAAAGACUUCUGAAUUCUGAAGAACUGCUACCAGUCAGACAGACAAUAAUGAGCAGGUUGAACCAAUGUUCUGACUCAGUGUAUGGAAACUCCCUGCAUUCCAAAUUUGCUAACUUCUCCCAGGGGUGGCCCUUUAAAGUGACCCCUAUGCAAAACAGUGGCAACAUUGAGCCAAGAGGGUCCUUGGCCUCCCAGGGUCUUUGGCCUUAUAAAAACCAGAACAUCCACCAGGAACUCCUUUCUGGCUUCUGUUUCUCGCCUUUCUUUGAGACAAGCUUCAUGGAACCCCUGAAACUCCUUUCUGGGUUUGAACCUGUCAAACUUUGCUGUCAUCUGUGCAGCAACAGCCAAGUCUCCACCCUCUCUCAUCACAUUUCCCUAUAGUCCAGUCAUGGAGCAGCUGCCUUAGCGUUAUGUUCCUCUUUCUCCUCUUUCACUUGUUGGAGGCUAAUUAGGGCAGCUUCUCCACACUCAGUCUGCUUCUGCAAACACUCAUUUCCAUGCAUGCACAUACACACACACACACACACACACACACACACACACACACAAACACAGCCUAAAAACACCACAACAUUAUGAGACAGACAGACAGACAAGUGUGUUUUUCACUUUUUUUAUGAAUGAUCUUUUUGGUGCUGUAUUUUCACACCUUGUUUCGAUUAGAAAUUAUGUGACAGACAGACAGAUGCUACUUUGGGAGCACAAGAGUGAAAUAUAUCCAUAGAAUGAUUCCAGGCUAAGAAGCAAAGGAAUUUGAUUUCAAAAGGCAGUGGAACUGUGUAAAAGCAGCAGUUCACAGGGCAUCCAAUGCAUCUCAUGUGUGCAUGUUUUUUGUUCCAUCCACAUGACAUUGUUCUCAUCCAAGUUGGCAGCCCACACUCUCACACCCCCCCAUUUAAUUUGUCUUUCCUGAUCUACAGAUAAAAGUGGUAAGGGGGGGGGGAUCCAACAUAAUAGCCCAUGAUACCCAACUGUGGACAUAUUGAAAUGUAUUGUGUGGGCUAUUUUUGUGUGUGUGUAUGUGUAGUGACAUUUUUCUGGAUGCCAUCUUUCACAAGACCCCCAGCUUCCACUGGUGGGCUGCUGCUGAGAAUGGCGUGACACACACUUUUAAAAAUGUGUUUGUUUUCUGGUAUAUCAGAAACAUAUUUUUUAAAAAUGGCAGCGCACCCAGGUAAACCAAAAGCUGCAGGCAUGCCCACAAUAGACCUCAGGUUUCCAGAACUCAUGGAGGAUGAGGAAGUACUAAUUGAGGGGAGGGGACAACAAGACAUCUCAUCAAGCACCUCCCACUAGUGUGGAUGGGAAGCAAUGAGACAGAGUUCAACUGAAAGUGCUCAUGUGUGGAUGAAGGUGUACAAAAGCACAUAUGGAAAAAUCUGAUCUGUGACACCCACAUGCAUAUGGACACUCUGGAGUCUACAUAUGUGUACACCUUAAGGUGUGAUUGCAGCAUACACAUUUGCCAGCUUGUACAUCAUACAGAGACAUCUGGCAUCCUUGCAAGUCUCACCCCCAAGGGCUUGCUGCUGUUGACUGCAUAGACAAUGGGCUCAUCCACGCUUUGCCUAGAAAGCAUGGGUCCAAUCGGUUUGGCCUUUCCCCCAUGUCUUUCCCCCUGAAAACCUGCUCUUUAGUGCUAAAUCUCAGCAAAUGACAAUCUCUGGAAAUCCUGAAUGCUGUUUGUUCUGAUUCAGCACUAAAACGUGUUUUUGUAGGGGAAAGCAGCAGGGCAAGUGGAAAUGUGGGUGAACCACACACAACCAAGUAAGCCAGGAUCCUAUUUCUAGCCUUGGGAUCCAGUUGAAGUAUGCCAGGGGACAGCUCUGUCUAUUUCAGCACCACGGACAGUGGUUUCAUUUGCAUACUUUGCUGAGCCCUGAGCAGAGCUUGGCAACAGAUUGGAUUCUGUCUCAAAUGAGCAAGCUCAGCCUGAAUUACCUCGGCUGUCCCAGGCUGUGAUCUGGGACCUGGAGCUUUCUGCAGACUGCAAUUGUUCUGCAAACCAAAAGAUCUGGUUUCUGGACCAGAUUCUGAUGAAUCUGUCAGGCCUGCCAGAUUUGAUUUUAGAUAGAGCGGAAUUAAGUUGUCAUCUAAGAAACCACAAUGUUGAAAACCUGACAAUAUUUAUAACCAACUGCAGAGUCCAACUCACACUAUGCCAGAUUUCAGACUGUUAAGAAUGGUAUUCAAGUUAAUAAAGAAUCCCAUUGAGGAGACAAUAUGAAACACGCCAGCUUCUUGGUCUCAUUUCAUGUGUACAGCAACUUAUGGGGGUGUGGAGUGUGUGUGUGUGUGUGUGUGUGUGUGUGUGCCUGUCUGUCUGACUGUCUGACUGUCUGUCUGUGUUCAUAAUAAAACUGAGGAUCUCAUUGUGGAUAAAGUGUCAGACGUAGAACAGGGAGGGCUGGAUUCAAAUCUCCAAUCAGGCACAAACUUCAUGAGGUGGCCUAAAGCUUCACCAGUCGCACCUCACAGUGAUGUUGCAAGGAUAAGGGUUGGGGAUUGGCUCCUCAGAGGAAAGGCAGAAUUAAAAUGGGGCAAGUAAUGCUACUUUCAUUUCCCCCAAAUUUUGUCUGGAGCUGAAAUUGCUUGAGAUAAUGAACCAAAUUAGACUACUGAAAUAGUACCUAACUAGGUACUGCCAUUGUAUUGUAUGUUCCAAAAAGACAGGAAAAAAUAAUCCUGCAUUUCAAAACUGUCUGAAGAGUGUCAGAUUGAGGAAAUCUGAUGUCAGCCUGUCUUUGUGUCGGAAAUCAAGCCUUUAUCAGGAGAAACUGGCAACUCUCCAGGCACCCGGCUUGAUCUCCUGAUGACCUCCCUGUCUGCAUUCCCCAGCAGGAUACAGGCUAGGUCGCAAUAGGCGAUUCUUCUCGGCGUGAGAAGAACACCCCCCCUCUUUCCUGCCCCCCCGGCAGGGGAAAGAGAUAGACAGAAACGUAUUCAUAUUCCUUUAUUUCUGUCUUUGCAGUAUUACAAAAGCAUGACUGCUCUCUUCAAGCUCCAGCAGUCGAGAGACAAAACACUUCCUGUACUUCCUGUACAAGAGCAAAAGGAAGAGCUCAUAUUACACUCUGAGCUAAUUCCGGUGCAUUGCCCUAUGAAUUGACUGUCCCUCUGUUUCCCACGGAACAGUCCUAACAUUCCAUCAUGUGAUGUUUUCAAGCUAGCAGCUCGCGGCUGCAUUGCUUCUAUAUCGUAACACUUUGCUCCCUCUUUCUGUGGGAGCCAAGCCAGGCAGCAGUCACUUUUAAUCAGUGGAGUGGAGAGGGAGAGAGCAGUUUUUCAGAGCUUUUCUCCCAUUCCAGGCUUUGAGUCCAGAAGAGUCUACUGUACAUCCUUGCAGCUUGUCGUGCCUUGUUUUACUUUCUUUCCUUGGUUUCUUGCCCUCUGUUUCUUUCUCUUUCUUCUGAUGACCAUUGGAAUGUUUCCACCCUCCUCCUGCAACUGUUUCUUUGGGGUUCUGAGGACUCCUGCUUUUAAAUCUGCUUCUGGGCCUUUCCGCACUUCUUUCCCUCUUGACAGUUGCAUGGGAUACUGCUGCCCUUCUUUGGCCUUCCACACAGACACUCUGCAGUUUCAGGUAAUGAGGCUGCUGAGGAGGGGGGGAGGGAGGGAGGGAGGUCAGUGGUGAAAUGCAAGAGAAGCACCUUCAUGGUAGGCGAUUAGCCGGUAGCUAAGGCAGCAAAUGCAAUACAACCCCACCUCUGAGGCUCUUACUCUUCUGUUAAACAGACAUGGACUGAUCCAGGGCAAAUUCUGCACCUUGUGAAACUCCCGGCCACCUAGGUGAGGUCAGGUCCCUCUUUACCUGGACCUCAACCUGUGCACUUGACAGCUAUCUGCACUUCGGUGCAAUGGGCAGGGCUACAUUUGUUUGGGCUGGUCAAUCUUAGCCAGCUUUUGCACACCUGGUACUUUCCAGCAUAGCAAUGAAAGUUGUAGUCCAGAACAUCUGGAAAACAGAUGGCAAACAGAUUGGCAAACGCUAGUCUAAGCAAUCUGUUAGUAUGAAAAUACUAACAUCCUCCCCCUUUUCAUGACAUCAUUGCUGCAGAUUUUAGCACAUUUGCAGCCUAUUUACAUACAGAUCUUGUGAUCCACUAUUUACAUUCCUUUUUGAUAGGAGUGUGGGAAUGAAACUCAGACACUGAACUUCCGUCCUGUGUGCUUUUGUAUUUUCUCUCUUUGUUCAUUGCUUUCAGACAGAGCAGACGUGUGUGAGGCUGCUGUUCACGCUAGCCACGUUUGUUGUUUUGAUUUGUAAAUAAAGGAAGCUUUCGCAAUGCCAAUGCCUCCACAGCCUCACUUCUUGCUGUUACUCUGCUGAUGCAUAGCGUGCCCACAGCUCCACAGGAGGUGGGUCACUGAUAUUGGAUGCUGGCUCCGCUGAUGCCAUUUAGGGGCCCUCCCGACACAAUCUUGGUGGCUUGCUUGAAGGAUAAAAUGAGUCUGGCACUAGCUGCAAGUUGACUUUUCACAAAACUGGGAGUGUCACAUUUUUAAAAAAUGUUAUGCAACUGUCUGGUUCUCUCUGAACCAGUGGGCAUGACAUAGCUGCUGUGGGUGGGUGUCCAUUUCCAGCUCAGCACACAGUAACUAAAGCCCUUAUUGUGGGUGCCAUUUUAUGACCCCGCUUUAGUUUUUAAAAAUCAUUAUUUAUCUAUUGCUAAAUGCUCUUCUGGCUUUUUUUUUUUUUAGUGAAACCAAGGCAUGGUGUUGUAACACUAUGUUAGAAUUAUGGUACAUCAUGAUGGUGUUAUAGCACCAUACCUCUCUUUCAUUGUUGCUUUUAAAAUGUAGCUAGAGAAGCAUGUUAGUGACACUUUAAAAAGUUGAUUAAAAAAAUAAAAACAGGGUCACAAAACAGCACCCACCACAAAUGUCACGAUCAAUGUGUGCUGAGCUGUGAUAAGUUAACUUUCCAGACAUGGCGCUGCCCAUGUUGAACCCCUCUCCUUUAAAACCAUAUUUACACAUGUGGAGAUUGUGGUACUCUUCCAUCCUUCUAGAAAAUUCCACUCAGUGUGGUCUGAGAGAUGGUGGAAGAACCACAAGGAAAAUACAGGGUGGCAGUGACUGUAUGGUGUCAUCAUGUGGAACAUGUCCCAUAAGAAGUGAGUGAAUGAAACUUGGGAAUUCCAACUUUGAUGCCUAGCAUGAACGGUGCCCUGAGAUAGGGCUAUAUAUUCUCAUCUGUUCUGAACCCAGCACUCUUUGUGACACAGAGAACACAAAUAUAUUUAUUUGGAGGAUUGAAGUAUACUGGAGAAAGGGACUAGAUUUGUGCUUGACAAACCCCACCUAUGGGGAAGAGCUGCUGCUCCCCAGGCAAAGAGGUUGUUGAUGUGUAUUACUCCCCUCUUGCAGAGCAAAUGUCCUCAGGAGGGCUGGUGUUUGCAGCAGAAGGUGGGCAAUGUCAAAGAUGCUGCAGAUACAGAUCUGUCACCUCUCAGACUUGAAACAACCUGUCCUUGGGCAUACCCCCAAAAUCUGAUGCACUCCCUGAAGUGAUGGGGUGCUGGAGCAAGGAAGGGGGCCGUGGGCUGGUUGCUGCCUACCCACCCCAGGUCUCCUCCCUCCGCUGCUCUCUCGGUGCAUGAACGCACAACCCUUAAGCUCGUAUCCAUUCACAGCUUUUUAGUGAGAGGUCAGGAGUUUGCUUGAUACCCUCCCUGCUUGUCUCUCCCCACCAAGCCUUGAGUGUCUCUGUCCUUGGAAUAGACUUUCCAUUUCUGCAACCUGAAGACUGUGUGUGUGUUUGCAUCUGCAUUUGGAGAGUUGGUUUAGAGGAAGAGAAACUUGGGAAUGCAGCAGGAAGGCUCUGUCCUUUCUCUGACGUGCUUUGAUGUUCUCUAACCCUUCCUAUGGAGAAGGCAGGUGGGAAGGCAGAGCAUGACUGCAGUGCACCAGAGAGGGAGAGAGAGAGAGAGAGAGAGAGAGAGAGAGAGAGAUCUUCCUCCUCCUCUAGCUGGGGCACCUCUGGGCUGUUUUGCUUUCUCCGUCCCACCUUUCAGAGAACAUGCUAGUGGGGUGCGGCAUGCAGGCAUGCAAUUCUGGGCCCUUUGUGAGCCUGCAGAUCUGCUUCCUCUUCCUGGGGGUGCAGCCAUAGAAAGUGAAUGUCAGCACUCUGCCCUUCUGCCUGCGCGCUCCCAUCUUUAUUCAUGAGGGUAAAAUGGAGACUGGCUGGCUGUGUAGUAAUGUUGUUGGGAAAUAAAUAAAUAAAUAAAAACAAACAGGUGCAUUUCCAUCCAGCGGGAGCAUGACUCAUCCCCCCCACCUCCCCGCCCUUGCCUAUCACUGGGCUCCAUUUGAGCAGUAGAAUGCUUCAAACCAAUCUUUCCCUGGUGAGCUGGGGAGGAGGAGGAGGAGUUAAGCCAGGGGGGUGGGUCUCCUUUAUCAAGGCCGGUGGAAAGAGGCCAGCCCACUGCAGAGCUGUGCAUCUUCCCAGCUGAAAGAGAGAGAGGAGAGCCUGUCUAGAGCUGGAAGUGGCCAGAGAGGCAGAGGAGGACGCUGCUGCUGCUGCUGCUGCUGCUGCUGCUGCUGCUGCUGCUCUUGCUCCUUCUCCUUCAGAAGAAGAAAGGCAGCUCACCAUGCCAGAGUGCUGGGAUGGGGUAGGUACAGCUCAACCAGGCAAGGUGUGUGUGUGUGUGCAUGUGCAGGUGGUGGGGCUGCUGCAUGCCACUGCUGGGCAAGGGGAGGGGGCACCCCCCCCAACGUUACUGGAGACCCCAGCCUGCUCCUUAAUCUCGAUGUUUUCUGCCCCAGCUUAACACAGUCCAAUAUGAGGGGGAUGGAUCUGCACUAGUCCUUGAGCACGUGUGGCAGGUAGGAGCCUUGAAGGACAGCCUGGGCCAUCCUCUCUUAGAAGGCGGGUGGUGCUUUUCCCUUUGCACCCACGGAAGGAGAAAUCAAGGCACGAUGCAUUCCGAGUGCCAAAGACCAGCUUGGCCUGGAGGUCCUGCCCUCUCAUUUAAAUGCCAGGAGAUGUGUGUAGGCAUUUUGUGGCAAAGCAGAGAGGCAUUCUGCCCUGGCUCCAGCACACUCUGCGAUUGCUUCAACCUGGCAUUGAGGGGAAAGGGGUCCACAGGAGGGACCAAGCCUCUUGUUCCUGCUUCCCUUCAGGACAAUCACAGACUUGGAUGGAGCACUAUGGAGACAGGGCAUGGGAAACCUUUGUGGAUUCCCUGGGUGCAACCAGCGGAGUGGGCUGGCAGGGGAAGCAUCUCCUCAUUUUGCAGUGACAAGGGCUGAGGCUGCAGGCAUUUUGGGGGAGGGGAGGAGGAGGGGGAUAAUCCAUGGCUGGUUCCUGCAGUUUCCCUCCUUGCUGUUGUGCCUGAAGCACCCAGCAAGCAGAUGGGCGAGAGGUUCCGCCGAGGCACAUGCUGCUGCCUGGUGUCACCUCUCUGAUGUGCAAAGGGCAUGUGUGGCAUCUGGGGAGAGAAAGUGCACCAUUUUCUCUGCACACCCAGCAUCCCUUUUGGCACGUACACAGCUCCUUCCCUCGCUGUUCCCAUUCCUACUGGCUGUCCUCUUAGAGCCUCUCUGCCUGGCUUGCAGAGCUGGGUGGAGGGAGAGAACCUCAUUUGUGGCUUUGCGCUGGGUGUUGGGAUUCAUUUGCAAAGCAGGAGGAGAAUAUCUUUGGCACCAUGAAGCUGAGGCAAAACGUCUCUCUGUCCUUGCUGAGACCGCCCCUGGCAAACUCUUCUUCCCCAGAGCCCCACAGAGCUUUCCCCAUCAAGGACAGAGCAGGUGGAGCCUGGAGGCAGAGCUGAGCCAGGGCUGUCCAUCUGGAGGGCUGCCUUGCCUUUCAGCUCUGCCCUGCUGUUUGACCUUGAGCAAAGCUUGCCCUUGACAGGGAUCUCUCUCUCUCUCUCUCUCUCCCCCCCCCCCCAUUGCUGAUGCUCUUGAUAGGCAUCUCACUCCACUUCCAAGAUGUGGGGAUAAUCUUGGCUAAACCUGCCAGGAUGAAGGGAAGAAAGGAGGAGUUUCCCAUAACUGCAGCCUGAUCCUCCUCAAGGAUGGUGGUGGGACUGGAAUAUAGCAGCUUUAUAGCAGCUUUUUGGCUGCUCCCCUGCUACAGGGUGGAAUGGGGGGGGUAUAGACUGUGUAGGUGUUGUUGCCUCUAAUCUACAGGGUUCCCAAAGGUGUUUGCUUCUAAAAUAUGCAGCUUCCUCUGUGGGGCUCAGUGGGGAGAUUUUGCUGGGGUGGAAUGGGAACCAUGAGUUCUGCUGGAUCAUGAGGGCCAACCUCCUUCUCCCCCUCUUGCCCUCCUUUCUGGCAUGGCUGCCUCUGCCGCCGCCGCCACUUUGGUCUCUCUUUGCCCUUCCUUGCUUCCAUCUCUCCCCAUCUGCUAUUGCCAGUUGAAAUGGCUGCUGUAGAGGUCAGCUAAGGGAGGGGCCUGAUGAAGCUGGUCUUUCAGAAGAGCUGUGAGUCGCCUAGUACUGAGUCAGACCGCUGGGCCGCGUAGCCCAAUCUGACAGGCCGUGAGGAUGUCUUGAGUAGGGUACUACAUGAGAGUAAGUAUAGGACCCUGGGGCACUCUGUGCAUUUGUUUCAGGGGCCCUCUUCCCUUCCCCUUCCCAUUCUGGAGUGGGAAGGGCAAACUGGGCAUUUGUUACCCAGAGGAGGAUUCUGUGUGUUGCAGAGCUGCUGGCCUCUCCCAUCUCAAAUGCCCCAUCUAUGGCCUCAUUUUUAAUGUUCCAUCUAUCUAAUUUAUAUUCUGCAUUUUUCUGCAAGAGCAUUCAAGGCAGCUUGCAAUAAUGAGCAAUAAAAUGCAAUAACAAGACUAUAUCAAAACAGAGAUGCAAUAGAUGUACAACAUCAAAAAUGAGAGGUGGUGGAGCUUCUGGAAUUGACACCUUCCACCCUAGUGACCCCCCCCCCCCGCCCCCAAUCCCAGGUAUGUACAAGCUAUUUGGAGCUACUCAUUCAUGCUGCAAUGGCAGCCUGCACAUGUUCUGAAGUCCAAAGGAAAUAUUCCCACCACAGCAUGAGAACCUCUGCCAACACUGUCUGGUCGCAAGUGAUGCUGGUCAUGCUUGUGAGAUACUGACGUGAGAAGGAGCCACAUUGUUUCGCUGUCCCUAGAGCUUAACUGGCGUGGUGUGAGGCCAAACCAUACCAAAGCUUAUCCCAUGUAACAGGAAGAUGUUCCAGAACAGAGACCUGGCCCUGAGAAGGGGCUCCACUGCCAAAACUUGGCUCCAGAUAAUAGGAAGAACAUAGAAAGAGCCUGCUGAAUCAGGCCAAAGGCCCAUCCAGUCCAGAAUUCUGUUCUCACAGUGGCCAACCAGUGUCCAUGAGAAAGCAGUCUCAGAGCACAAGAGCCGUCUCCCUUCCUGUGACUUCCAGCAUCUGUUAUUCAGGAGCAUUACUGCCUUCAACUGUGGAACCACCAUGGCUAGGAGCUAGCAGAAGAAUAAAGAAUAACAAUACUAAGCUAUUCUGCAGCACUUUCGGGUUUUUAGCGGGUUUCAAAAACAUUACCUCGAUACUAGUCGAAUUGUCUCAUUUUAAUUUUAUUUGACAAAAUUUGCAUAUCCUUUAGUUGUAAGCAAAUCCUCUAAGCAGCUUACAGAGAUAGAUUCAUGUAUGCCUUAAAAGUAUUUUUAUCCAUUUUAUCAAUGAAAAUGUUGACCAGGAUGGUGGCUGCUGUGAAAAAGUUGAAUAGCAUAUUAGGGAUUAUCAGGAAAGGCAGAAUGAUAAUGCCUUCAUGCUAGCCUUCCUGCCCCAGACAACUCCCAUCAGCAUCAGCCAGCAUGGCCAAAUGAUGCUGGGGCUGAUGGGAGUUGUAGUUCAAAACAUCUGGAGGACACCAGCUUGGGGAAAACUAUACCAAUUUAAUUUGCAACUGCAUUUGGAAUGUGUGUGUGUAAUUUGGGAUACUGUAGAACUGAACAGAACAGGGGAGCUGCCAUGAGCAGGAGCCUAGAACAGCUUCCCAGGUUUCUGUUUAAAAUUGUUUUAAAUGGUUAUGUUUUCCCAUUGCUUGGCUUUAUUGUGUAUUUUAAUUAAAGAUGUUAUAAUAUUAUUCCAUAUUUUAAUUAUGGUUUGAUCUUACAGUUGUAUAUACCUUAGAAGCCAUUUUGGCAUAUAAGCAGGAUAUACAUUUUUAUUAUUAAUAAUAGCUAAUAAUAGAUCUGGAUUGCCUUCUUCCAAGUGAGCAGCAGGGCCCCAAUCCCUUCCUUGAGUCCUAUGGGCCACUAGAAUAUUUCUGAAUAUUGUUGGCAACUGUGGCCCUUUUAUACUCAUGCGUUGGCAUCUGGAGCAUUGGUGCCCAGCCUCUCAGGACAGGGACAGAUCACAACCUUCUGUUUUGAAUAAUUUCACUAGGCCAGGGUCACUAGGGACCCAUAGUCAGAUGCCCCACCAUCAGCUAUGUUCAGAUACAUUUGAUCUAUCCUGGCAGGAAGCUGGCCUCCUUUUUGCUGCUGUUUGACCCCCAUUUUCUGCCUCUCUCUUUCUUGUGGGUCCAUGGUGUGUGAGAACAGAUGAACUGGUCCCUGAUCCACUGGCUCACACAUCGUUAUUGGAAUUGACUAACCUUGGCCAUCAUCCUAGAAAUGUAUCACUUCAACUUAACAAAUUGCAGUCUAUUUGCAUCAUUUUUAUAAUCAUUCAGGGAGUCCUUUUAAAAAGUGGGUGUUUUAGGUUGUUCUCACAGCAGCUCCAUGAGGUAGAUUGCUACUAUGUGUGUUUUACGAGAAGGGAACCCCACUUAUCCUAUGCAGGAUAUGGAUGUUCAUCCGUCUGCCCACUUAUUAUAUAUAUAUAUAUUUAUUAUUUCAUUGAAUUUAUAUCCCACCUUUUUCUCCAAGGUCCUCAAGGUGCCGUACACAGUCCUCCUCCUCAUUUAAGCCACACAACAACCCUGCGAGGUAGGAUAGGUUGAGAGGCAGUGACUGGCCCAAGAUCACCUGGUGAGCUUCUUGGCAGAGAGUGGCAGGGUUUGAACCCAGGUCUUAGUUUGGCACUCUUAACUGCUCCACCAUACUUACUGAUGACUUUUGUGGUGGCCCUGGAAACACACAAAGAGGAUGGCAGGGGAGCCAGGCUUCCACACUUCUGAGGUCUUAUGGGAAAAUGGGGACUGGCUUCUUCUAACCAUACAAACAGGCUGACCGUACAAACAGCAGUGCCUUCCACAAGGAAAACUGGAAAGUGGGAAUCGGAGAGAGAAGAUGGGGGUGCCUCUUUCUCCAUUCUGAAGUGGAUCAAGCAAUGUGCACCUGGACCCUUCUUCCUGCCAGGGGAGGACUGAUACAACUCUUUCUCUUCCAUCUUUCCUCCAGGAGCACGAUAUUGAGACUCCAUAUGGGCUGCUGCAUGUCAUCAUUCGGGGGUCCCCGAAGGGAAAUCGCCCGGCUCUCCUGACGUACCAUGAUGUGGGACUCAAUCGUAAGUGUAGCACUUUCCUUCUGACCAAGGUAGGAGAGGAGUAACUCCACCAAAUGGUGGGAGGUUCUCAGUUGCUGUUGAUUGGACCAACUGUGCUUCAAGGUUUGGGCACCAGAAAGGAGCAGGAUGGGGGCAGCAGGCCACAACUUCAGUGCCUGAGGCUUCCUUGGCUGAUUUGCAAUUUUGGGGCUGAGAGUCCCAAGAUCUUUUGAGGCAGAAGAGAGGGGCCCAAUUUUAGUUGGUCACCAAGAAACAGAGACACAGAGUUGGGUAGAGAACUAUGAUUAGGCCAGCUAAAAGUCUGAAGACAACAUAAGCUUCCGAGCUACACCAAACGCUUCCUCAGAUAAAAUGAGUAUUUUUAAAAAGGGUAUAAAUUCUUGCAUUUAUUCUUAGACUAGGCUGGUCCAGCAGAUCAAGAGGCAGAUGAAAAUCGAAACCAAGAAGAUUUAUUUGAGGUUCCUUAUGAAUAAAUAAAUAAAUUUUAAACUCCCUGCCUAUUGACAUCAAGCAGGCCCUUCGCUGUACUCUUUUCAGGCCCUGGGUAUAACUCUUAUUUAAGGCAGGCCUAUCCAGACAUGUAGAUGUUGACACCCUUUAAUCUUUUUUGGCUGUUUUAAUUAUUUUAAACUGUUUUUCUUUCUCGAUAAUUUUAAUGUUUUUUGUAAACUGUUUAGAGAUUUUACUUCAAUCAAGAAGUGUAUAAAUUUUGUUAAAUGAAUAAUUAAAGCUGGAGGCCCUAUUGUUGAGUCCUGUUCCUUAUGCCCGCUGUCACCUGUGUGCCCAAUUAUGUCUUGAACAAUUUGAGUAUGGUGGUUGCAAAUUUCCCUUGCAAAAUCCAAGCACUGCGGAGUCUUCCAUGUCUUAAAAAUAUGAUUUGUUUACACAUAUUUACAGCUGGAGCCUUCAACAGAGGGGGUGCAGAACAUUACACCCAAAGAGUGUCCCUCAAGGCUUCUCUCAUAGCUUCAGCAAACUUGGCUCCAAAGCAGCAGCCAGCUAUGGCCCCUGAUCUCUGAGCGCAGCCUCUUCCAGCCAGGAUUCAGGAAUCCAUUAGUUGGAGUCUUCUCAAACUCUAACCUUCACUGACUGUAGAGAUUGCCUCCCUAGUCAUAACAAUAAGGAACAUAGGAAUAUGAUUUUGAGUCAGACCACUUGAUCCAUCUAGCUCAGAAUUGUCUGCACUGAUGGGCAGCAGCUCUCCAGGAUUUCAAGCAGGGAUAUCUCCCAGCCCUUCCUGGAGAUGCUGGUGAUUGAAUUCUGCAGGCAAAGCAGUUGCUUUUCCACUGAGCUUCAACCCAAGAGUCUGACAGUGCAGAUAGCAAGUGUUGACAUUCCAAACUAGUCACAGGGGCUACUAACUGACCAGGAAAAAUCAGGCCUACUCUGCUGCCCUGUGCCUUUAGCAGAGGCUGGCUGGUGGCAGAGGCUGCUGUUGUUGCAGCUGCUGCUGGGGGGGGGGAGAAGAGAUGUGGCUGGGCAGGGAGGAGGCGGCGGUCAUGUGACUGUUCGGCAUGAAACUGCUGCUGCUUGUCCAAAAAGGUCACCUUGGAAUGCUGCAGAGGGAGAGGGGGGCUGCAGGGAAGGUGGCUGGGAGGCUGAUCUGCCACAGCCUGAAAAAGGAGAGAGGCAGGAAAAAAGCUGUCAAGAGAACAGAAUGGAAAGCUGCAGGCUGAUUCCUUGCAGGCAUGUUCUAGGCUGCGCUGGGAGCAGAGCUGAUCCAGGGACCUUGUUUCCAUGAAACCCCUUUCUGUCCCUGAGAAUCUGGACAAUGCCAGUGGCAAACCAUUGCAGUCCAGUAUGUGUUUCUGUGUUGCAGGGAAUUGCACUAGAUGAGCCUGUGCUGGCUGGGGCUGAUGGGAGUUGUAGUCCAACAUCUGGACAGCGCCAGGUUGGCAAAGGCUGCCCUAAAGUGUGUGCGUGCCAGCAUGGCUUGCUCCCGCCAACCCCAGCAUCAUAUGCUUGUGCUGGCUGGGGCUGAUGGGAGUUGGAGUCCACCAACAUCUGGAGGUUGAAGUCUGUUCUGUGGGAAACUCCAAAGGUUAGCACACUCAGCAGCAAGGACUGGCACAAUGGUGUUCUCCACCAGCAAGGCAAGGAGUUGGCACGAGAAAGGGGAAGAUCAGUAGGCCUGGUCCCACAGAGCAGCUGGGGAAAGCAGGCCCAUUGCUAGUGCUGCUGGCUAUGGUGGAGGCUGGCAACACAGAGUCUUGGAUAUGCUGACAAGAGCUUCAGUGUGUGGCUGUGGUAGUCAAGAUGGAAGCACCACCCUCUGGGUGUGCCAUCUGGCUAAAUAAAAGGCCAGUGCCUUUUUCUAGGCUGUGAGGCAUUAUCAGUGGUUCCCAAAGUGGAGAGUAGUGGGGGGGGGGGAGCAGUUUAUGGAACCAAUGAGACAGUGGCCAGAAAAGUUCGGGAACCACUGUUUCAGGCUCUGGGGACUGCCUUUUAGUCUCCUCGGGGUUCACCUGACCUCUCAAAGCCACCUGUGUCUGGUGGCAGAGGUGUCUCUUCAGAGGGCUCUGGUUCCAGUGCAGUUAACCACCCACCAAUUCAAUCUACAUUUAUACAUAACAAUGAACAAAUGCAAAUUUGUGUCAUGCUCCGACCCCUUUAAGCACCUAGUAAUUUCAAAGGUUCCUUGUUACUUGGACAAUUGGGCCCCUGAAGGCCAGGGAUGAUGGUUUCCCAACACUAGGCAGUUACACUGGUGCAGAAACUGAUUGAAAGGAAUAUUUCUUCCUCCCCACACCUGGCUGACAUUAGGGCACAAGCGGGUCACACAGGAGAGCCAGUGUGGUGUUCAUGGUUAGAGUGUUAGACUGUGACCUGGCAGACUGGAGUUCGAAUCCACACUCAGCCCUGAAGCCCACUGGGUGACCUUGGGCCAGUCACUGCCUCUCAGCUUAGCCUACCUCACAGGGUUGUUGUGAGGGUAGAAUGGGAAGGUGAGAACCACGCACACCACCUUGAGCUCCUUGGAGGAAACAAUGGUUUAUAAAUGCUAUAAAUACAAUAAUAAAAUAAAAUAAAGGGCAGGGCAACCAGCGCUCAGAAUUUAUUUCCAAGGACAUGCUUCUUUGUUCCUCAAGCUUUGCAACCCUUUUUUUGUCCUGAGUCCUGUUGACUUUGACUCUGUCUCUCUUCCCGCCCCCACUUUGUUCCCUUGCAGACAAGCUUUGCUUCAACACUUUCUUCAACUUUGAGGAUAUGCAAGAGAUCACCAAGCACUUUGUGGUCUGCCAUGUGGAUGCUCCUGGGCAGCAGGCGGGGGCCUCACAGUUCCCUCAGGGGUAGGUGCCUCCCAUGGAGCAGCCUCUCCCAAACUGGCACCCCUCCAGGCAUUUUGGAUUACAGCUACAAUUCCCAUUAUCCACCAGCAUCAUACAGCCGAGCUGGCUGGGGCUGAUAGGAGUUGUAGUCUGAAACGUCUAGGACACACUCUGUUCUUGCUGUGUUAUGGGAUUGCUUGAUCAUCAUUGCUACACCUGUAUUCCAGCACAGCUGGCCACACCUGGCCAGGUUUCCCAUCAGGGAUGAGGAACGUGUGGCCCUCUAGGUGUUGUCAGACCUCAGCUUCCAUCAUCGCCAGCCGGUAGCCAGGUGGGCUGGAGCCGAUGAGAAUUGCACUUGGACCCCAUCUGGAAGGGCACAGGGUUCUCCAUCCCUGCCUUAAACGGAGUCCCUCAAACACUCCCUUGUGGGUCAUGCUAUGGUGAUGGUUGUAACUUGGCAACCUAGUGAGGAUGUGAAACUUGUGAUGGAUGACGACCUUCUCAUUGCAUGCUGAUAUCAACUCUUCCUGGAAGGAAUAACUGUCAUGGGUCUGGGUAUCAGUCAUGUUGGUCAUGUGAGCUGGCCCUGGUUCAAGGCAAACAUGGCUGGACCUUCUCUAAGGGUAAAUGACAUGGGCAACCAGUAGCUUAGAUGCUGAAGCAGGCCAGCCCCACACCCCCACUGAUUGGGGGAGGAAGGAGAGGUUCAGGACUGGCUCAGAGGAUGGGGACUUCUCCAAAGGAGAAGAGCAAAAAGAGGGGUGCUUCCCUAGUCCCCGAUCGGUCUUUCCCUCAGAUCUCCUCCAUCAUGCUAGGAGAAGACGUCAACAUUGUGUCCUGGCUCUCCUGCUUUGUCUUCACAGGUACCAGUAUCCUUCCAUGGACCAGUUAGCUGCCAUGCUGCCCAGUGUCGUCCAGCACUUUGGGUGAGCCUUGGGUGACCUACUUUUCCUUGCUGUGAUGUGAAAUCCCAUGAUGGGGCAGGACUCCCAGAGAGGCAGUGGAAGGAGGAGGAUGGUUUUUAAUUUAGCUGGGAGCAAAAGCAUCAUACCUUUGCCAGCCUCUUGACCUAUAGAUGUUUUGGACUCUGGUUCCCAUCUUCCCCAUCACCAUAUGGUCCUUCUAGCUGGAGCUAAUGUAGUCCAACCCAUCUGGAAGGCGGCAGGAUGGAGAAAAUGAUGGCAUGAGUGAACGGUGGAUGAAGUAAUUAGAUAAAUUGCCACUGAUAAGGCUGAGGAAUAUUUUAGAUCUGGUUAAUGAGUUGCUUGGAAGGAAAUAAAUAAUCUGAUAGUAUUAUCAGAUUCUAUGAUUCUAUGAUUAAGAUAUUUGGCAUCAAACACGAAGCAUCAAACUUUAGUUGAGUGAAGGAGGCUUGAAGGACAGCCACAAAAGUCCACCAGUGGGAGGAAGGAAAGGAAGUGGCUACCUAGGGGACCACUGAUCACUUUUCUUUCCGCAGGUUCAAGUAUGUGAUCGGGAUUGGUGUGGGAGCAGGUGCCUAUGUCCUUGCCAAGUUUGCUGUAAGUGAUCAGAUGGUGGGUGGGUAUGUCCUGCAUCCUAGCCAGACAAGGGUUUUGGGGGUUUUUUUUAAACUAUCAAGGCCCAGCACCAUUUUUGGUGUUUUCCAGGGCAGGGACCUCCAGUCUGAUCCUUGGCAUGCUUACUCAAUGAAGCUGAUUGCCGGGCAAUCAGCUUCAUUGAGUACCAGCAAUUCCUAUUUGAAGUGACCUGGGACUUGCAGCUCAGGGCUUUGGAGAGAAAGCGCUAUCUCCACCCCCCUCUUUGAUUUCUUAACUCCCCAGGGAAGUCUCAAGUUGUGGCUCUGAAUUGGACUGACUGUGCCUUGUUACUGGGCAGAGCAGCCGUCCUUGACUUGGUGCCCUCCAAAUGUUUUAGACUACAACUCCCAUAAGUUCCAGAAAAGCACUGCUCUGCUGGCUGGGGCUGAUGGCAGCUGUAGUCUAAAAGCAUCUGGAGGGCACCAGGUUGGGGAAGGCUAGAGAAGGUUAACCAAUCAGUGUAUUUGUAUUUUUAGAUUCUAAAGAUGUAGCGCUUGCUUUAUGAUGCUCACUUUUAUGCUUACUAAUUGCCUCUCUGUCCCAGUGGAUACGUCUGUGAGCCAGAAUAAACUCCAUCUGCCUGUCUAUCUGUUUUGAUUUAGCUGAUCUUCCCAGAUCUGGUUGAAGGCCUUGUUCUGGUCAAUGUGGACCCCAAUGGCAAAGGUUGGAUCGACUGGGCAGCCACCAAGGUGAGACAGCCUCCCCUCCCUGUUGCUACUGGGUGUGUGCCAGAGCCAAGUCUUGCAGGCCAAUUGAGGUUUCUGAUGCCGCUGCUCAAGUAUACUCAUUGCUGGGGAUGGACAGCUGAGUGAGGUCUCUUUGGAUCCAUGGACAUCUGCAAAAAGCAAAGUUCAUGCAUCUCCCUCUGACAGCCCAUACCGAGCAGCCCAUACAGAGUGGGGCCACAGGGCAUGUUUGGGCGGCAGGUGUUGGUAGCUUACUGUUUUAUCCAUUUCUAACUGCCAAUAAUACAUAAAAUGUGAAACAAAUUUUCCCCUCCUUUCCUAUCAAUAAAAAAAACUAAUUACAAUGGCCUCCCUGAUUGCUCACUUUUAGUUUGGUUUGCUUAGCAAACAAACAAACAAACAAACAAACAAACAAACAAACAAACAAACAGAAAGCAAUAUAUUCUGAGGUAAUUAGUACAAACGAUGAGUACAUUUGCCCUCAUGUGGCUUGUCCUAAUUCACUGGUUCUGUUUCCAGGUAUGUUAUUACUGCCUGCCAGUCUUUCAUAAAAUGGUUUCUGUCUCCUUUCUUGGCUUCUAAAUUGCUGUGCUAAUUGAUCCAUAAUUAAGAAAUCCCAGGGUUUUCUUAACCCAACCCAGGCAUGAAGGGGUUUUCAUUUUUGUGCUAUCACAAAUUGAGCAGCUGUUUACUAAUCUCCAUCUAGGGCCUUGAAUUCUUGCUCAAAAUAUCCCAGACUGCAAUAACCUGUGCAAAAAAAAUCAAUUUUGCAUCUGUUUGCUUAAACCCUGUGACCUCCCCCCACCCCUCACCGUUUGCACAACUUGAGAAGAAAAGCAGUUCAACCUUCAGCAAUGAAGGCAAUGAGUGACUUAGCACAGAAGGGUUGAGAGUGGGAUGUGUAGAGUGUGCAAAUGAUACACACAGCCUAGCCCCCCAAAAGCUUGCUGCUGCCACUCUUCAGCAUCUGCCACCUGAGGUAGCUGCCUCACUCUGCCUAAUUAGAGGGCCAGACCUGGAAGCUGCUCACACAUUUAAUGUGACAAGCUAGAUCUUUUUCAGUGGGCUACUGGGGUAUGCAGCGUGUUCACAUGCAACCAUUCUUGGGGCAAUUAAAACCCCCACACCUCCCAAAAUAAAGCUGCCUGUGGCUCAGUGCAGUGCUGGAUCUGUAUAGUAGUUACCAUAGUCCUUUGCUCCUAUUUUCCAGUCUUGUGAUGGAGGCUUCUCCAACCUGGAGCCCUGCACCAGAGCACACUGCCAUUCCUUUCUGUGGGUGUCACAGCUUGGCACAUACUUGGUUGGGUGUGUGAUGAUGGGUUAUCUCAGGAGACAGAGGGCAGGUGGGCAAUAGUGGGCCAUCCCAUCUGACAAGACAGCUCCUCCCAAGAGUUCUGCUCCCCACUUGGCUUGGGUCUAAGUGACUGGGUUCUAUGUCCACUCCUGACAGCCCAUUGCCUGGAAUGUGCUAACUGAAAUUUUUGAUUCACCUGUAGGAUAGUUCAAGCACAUAAAGUCUCAGUCAUCCUUAGCCCAUCACAGUGGACUGCCCUAUCUUAAUAUCCCUGAACUGCAGAGGGAGAGGCCUGCCUUCAGUUUGUUCCCUGCCCCCCUGAGUUCACAUCUAAUUUGGGGCUUCAUAGUGACCACAAAAUAACAUUGAUGGGCUCAAAAGCUCAGAUGACUUAAAAGGGAAUUAGACCGGCCUUCCCCAAUCAACGGUCUUCCAAAUGUUUUGGACUAUGUGCAUCAUCCCCUGCACCAGACAGCUGUGUUGUGCUGGCUGGGGCUGAUGGGAGUUGUAGUCUGAUUGAGGAAGGCUGAAUUAGACAAAUUCCUGGAACAGGAGAGGAUUGUCAACAGCUAUUAGGUGUGGAACGUCAAUUGGCCUUAGAAGAAAGUCACACUUACUUCAGGUUCAGAGGGCAUCGGAGUGGACUGUUAGUCUGAUAUUGCAAGGCAAUUAAUUCUUUACUCUUAUGCUCUGCUUUCAACUUUCAGCUCUCUGGCCUGACCAGCACAUUGCCUGACACAGUUCUGACUCACCUGUUCAGCCAGGUAAGAAGCAUGCAACAGCUAUGGAAGGAGCUGGGAGCGGUGGGGGGUGCUUCUCUGUUAAUCUCCCCCCUUUCUGCUUUUGGGGCUGUCAAAGGGCAAGACUGAGACACUUCUUGAAAGCCUCCAGCUGGCCCUGUCCAAGAAUGACUGGGGGAACCUCUUUAAAAGGACAUUGCAGCCUGAGUCUCCCAUGCAAGGAGCUUGAGAGGCAGCCAGGUGGAGGUUGUCACAUCCUGACAAGGUGUUGGUUCUUGUGAUGCAGCUUCCCACCUAGUUCUGGCAAUAUUUUAGUGCAAGCCACCAAAAGAGGGCUUGGCUUUCUCACAGUAAAAAAUCUCAAAUGUGACCCUGUGAUGCACAGAGAUCUCCAGGUGGCUGCAUUUUAAGCAGACACUUACAGGUGUGGAGGGCCUGGGGCAGAGAGGAAGUCCCUGUUUAGUUUCAGCAGUCAAUAGCAACAGAAUACCAGAGACUCUGUAAAAGAGAUCCAGAGUUCUGCCCCACAAAAACGACAUGUUUUCAGGGCUGGGACAAAAGCCCUGAGCCAGGCCUUAACCGGAGCAGGGCUCCUUUAAAACUUCAUGCAGUUCUCUUCCCAAGGAUGAAUCCAAAGAGACCAUGCUGGGAGGUGUGUGUGUGAGAGAGAAUAUGAAACCAAGUGAAAAGCCACCUGUCGGCAGCGCACACACUCCUUCUGGCAGGGUAUCAAAUACCUUUCCUUACCCAGGAUCAGGGUUGGCAGCCAGCCAGCCUGCUCUGCAAACUCAAAAUUGCAGGGGUGACUGGACUUAUUUGUGCUGUGUUUCUAGGCACAGGUCUGCUCUUUAAAGCACCGUAUCCUAGUGCUUUGUUCCCCCACACACACUUUCCCUGCAAAAACCUGCUCAUUACUGCUGAAUCCAAGCAAAUAGCAAUCUGUGGAAAACCCGAACUGCUGUUUGUUCUGAUUCAGCAUCAAAGGGUGGGUUUCUGCAGGGAAAGUGUCAGGGGCAAAGAAAAGUGCUCAGACAAGGUGCUUUAAAGUGCAGAACUGUCUCUGGAAAAUGUGGGGCAAAAGUUAAGUACGGCUGAGUCUGCAAUUUUAGCCUGGCUCAUAAGCGGUGAGCUGUGCCCUGCAAACAGCUGGAUCCAGCAGAGUCCUUGGGCUCACAGAGGUGCUUUUCCAGUUGAUGCCUCCUCCAGCCCAGAAUGGUUGCUCUGGUCCUCGAUGGUGCUCUGACUUGGCCUCCUUUCUGUCUGCCCUUUUUCCACACCCGCAGGAAGAGCUGGUGGGGAACACAGAGCUGGUGCAAAGCUAUCGACAGCAGAUCAGCAGCAUGGUGAACCAGUACAACCUCCAGCUCUUCUGGAACAUGUACAACAGGUAGGGGCAGGGGCUGAAGGAACUGCAUGCAUCUUGGACCAUGCUUUCCUCCCAACAGACAGCUACCACCAUACUCUCCCCAAUUCCCCCCUUUAAAAAUUUGCUUGCAAGCACUAUAGCUCACAUCCAGUUAUGAUGAAGCUUGUUUUUAAUAAUACCUUCAAAAAACUAUUUAUUAUUGUUUUUAUUUCUUAAAAUGUAUAUACUACUUGAUUGUAAAAACAUCCCCUAAAACCAAGCAAAUUUCCUGUGCUUGAUUGAGAGUUUCUUGCACAAUUUUACAAAUAUGUUGUAAAUAAAAGGGGAAACGCCACAGUGUGAUCAGAGGCGGAGCUAGCUCCUCUGGCACCCGGAGUGGCAUGCGCCCAGGGGUGGGGCUAGCUACCCAGGAGGCAGGGCAAGCGCCCCACCCUGUGGGUGCACCACCCACAGUGAACAUCCCGGGGAGGCGAUGUCACCCCCCCCUCAGGGAUGACACCUGGGGCAGACCACACCCACCUUGCUCCACCUCUGGGUAUGAUGCAAAUAUUGUAGUCCUGCUGAACUCAGACAUAGCACAGUGGCAGAGCCCCUGCAUGUUUGUCUGCUUCAAUUAAAAUUCCUCAUUUUUUUUCUCAGUCGCAGGGACCUGGACAUUAACCGACCUGGGAGCAUCCCGAACGCCAAGACACUCCGGUAAGCCACUGAUUUGCUCCAGGGAGGAUGAGGAGGGGCCCCGAGCAGAGCAGGUCUCUCCUGCUAAUCACGUUUCUCCCCUUCGGGUUUGCAGCUGCCCAGUGAUGCUGGUGGUGGGCGAUAACGCACCGGCCGAAGAUGGCGUGGUGAGUAAGGAGCUAAUCCCCAAAGAGUUAAUCUACCCUGCAUGAAUGUUGUCUGGGGAUCAAGCUCAUAGCAUGGGUUUGUCCUUCCCCUAGUCUGCAAGCUCGUCUUUUGUCUGAAGGCUGGGGGGAGGCGGGUGGCAGGUACUGUAUUUAAGAACAACUAGAGGCCUCCUGAGGAUGCCUUUGCAGACUUCAGACUAGCCUUUCCCACCCCGCUGAGCCUGGCAUUCUGCUUUGUUUGCUGUGACUGAUUUGGCCACUUUGUUCAAAUUGGUUUGUGAAAUGCAGUGGUGGAUAAGCACCCCAAAAAAGAGCCAUCAGCAUGAAGCACUUCCUGUUACCCCAUUGCCUGCUCUCUCCCCCCCGCCCCCGAAGCUUUGGGAGAGAGAGAGAGAGAGAGAGAGAGAGCGCUGCAACCCCCCUGGGUCCUAAGGAAAUUUAUUUAUUUAUUAUUUAUUGCAUUUACUUCCCACUUUUUAAAAAUUAUUUUUAUUUCAUUGCAUUUAUAUCCUACCUUUGUCUCCAAGGAGCUCAAGGUGGCAUAUAUGGUUCUACCUGCUCCUGAUCUAAUCCUCACAACAACCCUGUGAGGUAGGUUAGGCUGAGAGAUGCAGUGAUUGGCUCAAGGUCACCCUGUGAGCUUCAUGGCCAAAUGGGGAUUUGAAUCCCUGGUCUCUCAGGUCGUAGUCCAGCACUGUAACCCCUAUACCACACCCCCUAUCUUUAUUGUUUGAGUCAUCGUUAAAAACUGGACUGUCACAUUCCUUUUAUUUAUUUUAAUUGUCGUUGCCAAAGCUGUACACCACUCCCAUUUUUCUUCUGUUUCCCUGUUUUUGGGGGUUUACUGCAGCGCCGAAGCUACGGGGAGGCUAGCCAGGUUUUUUGCCCCAAGUGAAGCUUCCAGAGGGGUGCCAUUGAGGCUCCCAGCCUGUGUGUAUGCGUGCACAAAUGUGCGAAGGGGUUCCAAACUGGGUCUUUGACCUAAGUAAAAUAAAGCCUAGUUUCGUCCAUGGUGUACUGAACCUCGGAGGCUGCUUGUGUUGGCUGCUGGGUCACACCACGUGCAGGGCAGGUGAUGCUUGUGCUUCUGGACUUGAUGCUAUUUUGAAACUCUGACUUUGCUGUUUGUUAGGUUGAAUGCAACUCCAAACUGGAUCCAACCACCACCACUUUCCUGAAGGUGAGAUAGAGGAAGGGCAAGUCUUCAGGACAAGCCCUAAUCCCUAGUCCACUCUCCCCCACCCCUAGAUCUCAUUCUGUGUAAGUGAUUUUGAUUCCAUCAAAAUUUCCUCUCCCCUUCUUCCUCCCACUGGAGGGCUAAGGACAAGGGUGCAAUGUCUUAUGUAUCUAUACCCCCAAACCCAAUUGAAAAUAGGAGCCUUUGAGACACCCAGUGGGGAUGGUGGUGCUUACCCCCAUUUACUUUUAAGCCACAGUUCUGGAGAUGAUGUAUAAUAGGAGUUACAGGCAUUGCACAGAGGUCUUAUAGCACAGGGUGGAAGGCCACCAGCAGGGGGCACUCUAGUUCUGGAUAUCUUGUAUUUAAGGCGAAUGGGGAGGUUGGCCCACAAGACCCCUACUGACUUUGUGAUUGGUGCAACUUGGGCUGGGCCCUUCCUGCCCUUUGGGAAGGGCAGCGGGGAGGCUGUUUCAGAAGCCACAGCCCUUCAUUAGACAUCAUGGCAGCCUAGCCUUUCUAAAAAGGGACAGGACUUGAAGCACAGCGUGUCAGCCCUUCCCUUAAUCUUUGUGCUUGCAAAAGCUGCUGCUGCUUCCAGCUCUCUUCCUCCAAAUGGGGUUCUGAGUCUGGGGGAGGCAGCCCUUUUGCUUGCCUCCCCGCCCCCCACCAGAUAGGGAUUUGGCACCUGAGCCUCCUAAUGUCUACCUUUCCCUUCACUAGUUGAGGAUGUCGGCCAUCUUGAAAAGAUGGUGGGCAUCUCUGGUUGGUUGAUUGGUACAGAGUGGCAUUGACUGAAGCAAAUGGAAGCUGGGAUUUGCCAGGCCCAGCAGUGAUUCAGGGGCUCCUUAAGACUGUACUCAAAGCCUAACCCAACCUGCUGCCUUCCUGAUGUUUUGGACUACAACUCUCAUCAGCCCCAUCUAAUGACUGGGCGAUGGAUGCAAUUGAGGGGAGGGGGCUGGUCACCUGGAAAGGAAGGUGAAGCUUGUCUGACUCAAAACUCUUGUUUUCCACCCAGAUGGCUGAUUCUGGUGGGCUCCCUCAAGUCACACAGGUGAGUUCUUCCUUUUCCUCCCUGCUCUUGGUUAUUAGAAUACCUUCUGUGGAGCUCAGAAACCUCCGCCUGGGUGUGCCUGGGCACUUAGGCUGCGUGGGAUUCUCCCACCUCUCUUCAUUUCACCCAAAACUCUCUGAGUUGCGUCCUGCUCUAGGAUUAGUUGUUGCAGGGAUGUUGUUUUGAAGAAAAUCCACAUUUUGGUUCCAAGCAGUUUAAAGCAAAGCAAAACCCAAAUAUCUUUCCCCACUUUUGCUUGGUGAUAGGGAGUUUGUGCAACUGGGCAGGGCAGGGGGAGGAGGAGGAGAAAUAAAAAUAAGAUCAGAAUUUAGAUUCACAAACUGGAUUUAAAAUACAGAAUCUGAAUUUUAAAAGCUCAGAUUCAGAAGAUACUGGGCUCAUCCACAUGCGUCUAAUAUCCAUGUCCUGAGCUUGAUGCACACACCCACACCCGCUAUUUUUGCAAUGUCUGGUUGUAGGUGCUUUUCUUUCUGUUUUUCAUCCGCAUCCCUCUGAUUUCUUGAACAGCCUGGAAAACUGACGGAAGCAUUCAAGUACUUCCUUCAAGGGAUGGGCUACAGUAAGUAUUUGUCUAGUUUGAGGGAUCAGUGUGCUCAAAAACUGUGUUUGUGUAACUGAGGGAUUGUAAGAGAUGUUCAUGUGUUUGUAAUUGGAGAGUGUAGAAGCAGGUGACUCAGCAGAGGAUAAUUUCCUUUGGUCUACAUUUGUAAUGAACUGGUCUAAUUUGUACCUCCCAGAAUAAUAUUCGGAUGAGAGUAUAAUUCUUUGGAUUUCACACUUGGUCAGUAUCUGAAUUUUAUGAUGCAGUUGUCAGCUCAAAGAGUGUACCAAAACAUGUAUUUUAGGAUAAAGCAUGUUUUAAAAUGCAUACAUAAGACUCAUAUGGGUUUAAAUUUUUAUUUUGUGAUAAAUUCAGAGUCAAAUAUGUAUUUAAAUAUGGGUUUUUGUAUGGGCAGAAUGGACGUGAGCAAACAUUGGCAAAACUGGCACAUACUAGAUAUGAUCCACCCAGCCCUUCUCAGCUCAGACUGUGACCACAUUUAAAGCUGUAUUGUUCCAUUAUAAACAGUCAUAGGUUCUUAAGAUGGUGAGAGUUAUUAGAAGACUUCUAUCCUCCCACCUCCCUCCAAGCUAUAAUUUCCAGAGUAGUUUAACAAUCAUUCUUUCUUCCUUGGGAACUCCGGGAAUUGCAGCUCUGUGAGGGGACUAUAGGUUUCCUAAUAACUCUCAGCAGCACCCUUAACAAAAUACAGCUCCCAGAAUUCUUUGGGGGAAGCCAUGACUGUUCAAUUGGAAUGCUACUGCUUUAAAUAGUGUAGGUGUGGUCUCUACACAUUUAAUGUGCUCCCAUGUGUCCCCACUUCAGCUCCAAACAGAUUACUAGCCCUGUUGUUGAGAGCCUGCUCCUGGGCAAGGUUCCUCCAUCAAGGGCCGUGGCCUGCUAGAUGUGCCAUACAGAAGCAGUGAGCCGUUAGUGUGUUUAUGAUCAAGGAAAUGAGUGUGUUUGGGUGUUCUUUGUCUGAUACUUCCCAGUUCUGUGCAUGUCUGUGACACCAUGAGAACAACUCACGGUCAGCUCCAGGAUAAAUGGUUUUGGGAAUUAGCACAUGGAGCGUGGCCAGGGCUUUGCAUCAGAGAGAUGUCAGAACCCAAAGGGCAUUUUGCACUUAUUUCAGUGUGGAUUUAAAGACCCGUUAUCUGCCAAACAUUUCAGAUCUGUUCCUCUCUUCUCCCAGUCCUAAUCACCCUGGUCAGAGAGAGCUUGGCCUAGCGACAUUAGGUAUCUCAGAAAUAAAUGAUAAACAAAAAUCAUAGAAGCAUGGAGUUGGAAGGAGUCCCAAAGGGUCAUCUAGUUCAAUCUCUCCAAUGCAGGAAUAAUUUGUAUGUGUGAAAUCCUUCCUGCCUUCUCUGUCUCUUUCUCUUUUUCUCUUUCUCUCUCUGGUUAUCGGUUGUGAUGUUCUUGUCUUGUUUUUCUGCUGUUGAUCAGACAAGCCUUGAAUGUGUGAUGUUCCAAAAUAAAAGCCUCUCUUGCCCUCCCAACCCUCAACCACUCUCUUUGCUUCCACCUCCUACUCAACCUCCCCUCCAUAUCUCUCUUAGUUGCGUACCUGAAGGACCGAAGGCUGAGUGGAGGAUCAGGUAUCCCCUCCCCCAAUGUCUGCUCACUGUCACAUCCACAUGCUGCAUGUACCCCUUGCCCCCGCCCUCUCCUUAUCGUGCAUUGCUGCUGUAACAGAGUGUGCUUUUCUGCUGCAGCUUCCAUAGUUGGUCCUGCAGUAAAGAGACAGGCAAGUAAACAGGUGACUGAGGCUGACAGAAAAAGAAGCAUCUGCCCUCCCCCUGCUGCAUCUGUAGCAUGACUCACACACUAUGGGAAGCACACAGCUAUGUCAUUCCAAUGGCGUUUGUUGAAACAGAUGAGUUUUCCCAAAAAAAGAUUUGCCGCUGUGCUUUCCAAGGCAGCCUUCCUCAUUCUGGUGCUCUGCAGGUGUUUCAGACUGCAACUUCCAUCAAUCCCAGUCUCCUAUGGCCACACUGACUGAGGCUAAUGGGAGCUGUAGUCUGAAACAUCUGGGAGAUACCAGCUUGCAAGAGGCUGGCCAAAAGCAUCCUGAGUGUGUUGUUGGUGUGAUACCUUCCUGCUGAUAGUCACAUCUUCCCACAGAGAGAUGCAGCAGCCAGGUUGUUUGGCAGCAGCGUCACACCUGGCUGAAUCCCAAAACACGCUGUUCCUGGGGGUUUGCAAUUUCUCCUCAACAGCCAUGCAUGUGCACUUACAAAUCCUAGGGUGUCCCUCUUGGAAGAUUUUUUUUAAAAAGAAGGUUAAUGACCAGCUGUGGCAUUUUCACAUGUCUUGCAAUUACAAGUGCACCCAUGACUUCUUGGAUUUUGUGCAUCUUGGCACAGAAAGGGAAUUGUGCUCAGCUGAACUUUAGAGUUGGGGGCCGUGUUCAUGGGCAGAUGCACAAGAGCAGAGUCAGCAUGGCUCUUGACCAGCAUGGGAUUUAAGAGAGAGGGCUAUCAUUAACUACUAGCCACGAUGGGCUGUUCUGCCUCCACAACCAGAGGUAGCAAUACUUCUGAAUACCUGUUGGUGAAAACCAGAGGAGGAGAGAGUGCUGUUGUGCUUGGGUCCCGCUUGCUGGUUUCCUGCAAGCAUCUGCUUGGCUGCUCAGAUGUUGGGGAUUGUGUGUCAGUGGCAGAGCAGGGCACACAGGAGGUGCAUCCAGGUGCAGAGAGUCACUUUGCUUCCCACCCUGUCCCACCACAGCCCUACCUGCUACCUAAUUUUGCUGGUCACCUGUGCCUCUUGCAGCGGUGAUGGGAGCAAAAAAAACAGUGAUGGAGCCUCAGAACAGUGGUAGAAGAAUUUAUUUUGCAGCUUGACAUGCCCCAUGUGUGUUUUGGCACUCUGCAACUGGGAGCAACUGGGUCACAUUCUGCUUGUUGUGGCUGUUUGCUUAGGCCAGGGUUGGCUUCCCCUGCAGCCCUCCAGCUGUUGCUGGACCCUGACCUCCAUCAUCCCUAGCCUUUGGCCAGGUUGACUGAGAGGGCAGAUGGCGGGCUCCUGUACUUAGAGCACAUCAUUCUGAAAUUCUUCACACAAGCCACCCACUGUCUCCCACGCAGUCAGCUUGGUCAUGUCUUUGGGGUGUGAUUGCUGGGCUGGUUUGUCUGCCUUCCAGAUGUUUUGGACUAUGAAUUCAUGGAGGAGAGGGUGAUCAAUGGCUACUAGCCAUGGUGGCUCUGCUUUGCUUCCACAGUCGGAAGCAGUAAUGCUGGAAUACCAGUUGCUGGAAAUCACAGGAGGGGAGAGUGUUCUGGUAUUCAGUUUCCAGUUUCCCACAGGCAUCUAUGAGAACAGAAUGCUGGACUAGAUGGGCCAUUGACGUGAUCCAGCAAGCUCUUUUUGUGCCCUUGUGUUCUUCCGCCUCAAGAGUUGGUGCAUGGCUAGGGCUUGAGUGGCUGAAGGCUGCUGGGCUUUAGGCGCCCUCUGAGGCCAGGGGCUUGAUGUUGCUUCUUCCCUCUCCUGUGGCAGCUUUGCUCGUCUUUGUGGCGCUCGCUCCGCCUGGACCCUCCCUGGUCCGCUUUUUGAUGCUCUCUCUUUCUUUCCCCGUAGUGCCCUCUGCCAGUAUGACGCGCCUGGCCCGCUCCCGCACGGCUUCCCUCACCAGCGCCAGCUCUGUGGAGGGCGGGGGCAACCGCCCAAGAGCCUGCACCCACUCGGAGAGCAGCGAGGCCAUGGGGCAGAUCAACCACACCAUGGAGGUAUCCUGCUGAGGGCCUCCACCUUACUCCUCCUCGCCCUCUUCUUCACGGGUGGCCUCGAGGGCCCACUCAUCCAGUCACUCUCCAGCUGGCUCCAUCCCCUGCGGCUUCCUGUGGCUUUAAUUUCUUUUGCCGUCUUUCUUUUCCUUUCACAUUAUGGAAUACAAAGUUGGGAGGGGGGCACAGGGAGAGUGGGAAGCAGCAGCAGCAGCUUGAUGUCAAUGGCCACCUCCACCCAUAGGCCCAGGUGCCAUUUUGAACCAGGGAUUGGGUUGGUUUCUAGCUGGCUUGGAAGCGGCAGGCAUGUCCCUCUGCACAGCUUGAGGCAAGGCGAGCAGGAGGGAUGUUUUACACCUGCCUAGCCAGGGUGCCUCUCCUUCAGAAAAGGCACUCACCCAGUGAGUCAGAAGGGGGAGAGUGUUCCCGUGGGCCCUUCAGCUUAGAUGCCUAACAAUUAAUCCACAGUGUACCCGUGCAGUGGUUUACUUACUUUAUUUAUCUUCAGACACUUAUAUCCCUCCUUUUCCUCCAAGGAGCUCAAGGUGGCAUACAUGGUUCACCCCCUCCUCAUUUAAUCCCCACAAAAACCCUGUGUAGUAGGCUAGUUGAAAGAGGCAGUGACUGGCCCAAGGUCCUCGUCUGACACUCCAACCACUUUACAGCACUGGUUCAGGAAGGAGGGAAAUUGCAACCUUGAAGGCAAAUGCCUCUUAGUUUCUACCCUUCUCUUUGGCUUUGGAGCACAAGCUUUUUAGUUCCACAGCUUGGGAAAGCCUUUUUGGUGGCUGACUCUGUGCCGGCAGGUUUUGUUGGAAAGACAAUGGAAAUUGGAGCUUAACUGGGUAGGAACAUGCACAUAGAGUCGAGCCGUUUCUCCAACUGCUGUAGAAAACCAUCCAUGGGGUCCUAUUACAUCAUUUCCUUCCCCUACAUGUAAAUUCAGUCAAAAGCAGAAAGUGGGAAGUUAUGCCCCCCCCCCCGCAAUACUAGGAAAGAGCAGCAAGACUUUCCAAGCAUAAGGGGUAGGGAAAGGUCAUAGUUGGUUUUAGGAUUUGUUUGGGGUUUCCUCAAGCCUUUUAACCAGUGCUAUAAAUGGCCAUUGGGUAAAACUUGUUGCAAUAUAAGCUGCCCCCACUACCAUCGCUUAUUAAUUUUUUUAAAAGGACAAUCAGUGGCAGGAAUCAAAAACACAAGGGCACAUUUAUGCAUGUUUAGAGCAUGCUAACCCUUGUGGCUUUCCCCUCAGGAAUAGUAGAUUCUUGAUACUCUUGCACAAUAACUGUUCCCAGGAUCCUUCCCUUGAAGGAAACCCCCCUAGAAAGCAGUGCUCAGUUGUGCAUAUGCUUUUAGGCUCAGCAGGAAUAAAUAGCAGAAGCUUAUCCAGCCCCAAGGGAUGGAAAAUGGGGCCCAGGAACAUGAGGGCAUUUAUUUAAUUAUUUAAAAUAUUUGUUUCCUGUUCUUGAUCAACAGUCCCAGAGCAGGGUACAUGAACUAUUUUAAAACACAACACAGAAAAUAAAAACAUAAAAAAUAUUCCCAACUAGGCAGGCACCCUUGGGGUGUCAUACUCCAGCCCCUACUGUGCAGGAUCAGCUCCUCAUUGCAUUUGCCUGUUUUGAGGAGAAAGGCUUGUGUUGAUGGGGAUAAAGAGAUUCCUCCCCAAAAACAGCCCCAUAGGGGACUGAUCACAUCUCCUCCAUGGUACCGCCUGUAUGAAAAAACAGGUAGCCUCAUGGAAGGCCCUGAUCCCGAAGUUUUGUCUGUGGCCCCCUCUGCACCUCAGGGAUGUGAUGGAUCAUGUGAAGGUGCUGGGAUAUCUGCCCCCAGACUGUGCCUGUCCACAUUAGAUGCUGUAUCCACUUAAGUUCUACUCUGAGUAGAACUAGCAUUGGAUAGAGGCCAUUGUUCCAAUUGACCCACAGGAGCACCCAGUCUCUCACCCUCACGACAGCAGCCUCUGUGGUUUCCCUUAUGAAAUAUUUCAUCUAGUAUUUAUUUACUCACUGUAAUGUCAUCACAGUUAAGGGGGGGGGGAGAAAAAGGCAAUGUUCAUUUGAAUUUCCUCCCCACUCUUUUCCUGUUGAGUAGAUUGUGAGCCUGUGAGCAGGGGUCUUCUUGUGUUUUAAUAUCUGUAUGGCACUUAGAAAAAAAUAGACUCUUUAAUAAGCAUUAAAUGAUAAUUACUCUUAUAUUCAAGAAGCCACCCAUAAGUUCCGUUGGUCCUUUCAUUAGAUGGAGGUUCUCAGGGGGGCAAUUCUAUACGCAUUAAUUAACAUUACAGGAUAUGUUCCCCCAAUUCCAGUAAAGAGGCUUGCGGGAUCCUCACUUCUAAAGAUGCCCUGUUUGCCUAGCAUCCAGCCCCUUCACUUUGUCCCCUCGCAAUGUGGUUAUGCUUCGUACUAGCAUGCCACCCGGUCAUCUUGUGCUUUGUCCUGCCUGACUUUCUGAAGGAUCCCCCCGCAACCACCUGAGCACUCUAUGGGACAGUGCCUCAUUUCCGUUCUGGCUUACUGGCAGCACCACAAAACCAGAGGGAAGCAAACGUGUGUGUCCUCUAGGAUAGGUCUCAGGCAGCCCCCCACCCCACCCCACCCCACCCCACCCCGUGGCUCUGGAGCUGUUAAUUUAUUGCGGUCUUUCCAUUUCAAUUCAUCUCAGAACCCCUUUCUGAGUUUUGAGGAGGAACAGUUAGGAAGAAUUUGCCUUCGCAUUUCUUCUCAAGUUCCGCACAUUCAUGCCUUUGAAGAGACGAUUCUCCCUACUCGCUCUGCAUUACUGUAAGCCUGCUAUUGACGUGAAACCAGAAAGGCUCUUGUGCAUGCCACUCUGGGCUCCAAAUGAGCCAAUAUACCCUUCUCCUUCUCCUUCCCCUUUCCCCAAACUGCUGCUGGACCACCCAGCCCAUCGUUCUUGCUGAAUCCCAAAUGCAUCCUUACCGCGUCCUGAUCUCAUGUCAGACACUCAGUUCUUUUUUCUGAUGAAACACCCCACCCACAUCACCAAUCUUGCACAUCGCUGCGUUUCCACGCAAGCAAAGAGCUUGAAGUGGGGUUUGGCCCAAAGAGCAACAAGCAGCUUGCGAGGAGUUCUGUCUCGCCUCUCUGCUACUCGGCAGGCUUUGCACCUGACUUUCUCGCUCCUGACAGUGCGCACGUCAAGGGGUAAUAUAUGUGUGCGUAGCCAGGCAUCUUUGCAUUUAAAUGGUUUGAUGUUGCCACAACCAGUCCAGACACACUCUCUGUUUGAUGUAAUCCUCUAAUCUCAGACUCUUUUAUUUUGUGUGCUUCCUUCUAAACUUUAAAUAUGAAUGACUGAAGGCUACUAGGACCCUCUUUUACUGUAGAUCAGCUUUUGCCAACCUGGGACCCUCCAGAGGUUGUUGGAUUACAGCUCCCAUCAGCUCCUCAGCAUCACACAGCCAAGUUGGCUGGAGCUGAAGGAAGUUGCAGGAGAGAACACCUCCUGGAGGGCACCUGGUUGGAGGAGGCUGCUGUAGAUAUUGUUGCCUUUUUUCUUGAUGUGUUCUUUCAGAUGAGAUAGAUCUAUAAAUUCCUAUAUAUAAUAUUUAUCUUGGAUUCCACCCCUGCCAUUUACUUGUAGCAAUUGGCAACCAAUGUGCAGCUUUUCAUUUGAAGGUGAUCAAGCUAUUACUGUGGGGUGGGGGUGGGGGGAAUUGGAUUUUUUUAAAGAAACAUUUUCCUGAUUAAGGUGGAAUUUAUUGGAUUUCUUUUUUCUGUAUGAGGUGAAAUGUAAUAUUUUUGUGCAUGAUGGUUGUUGAUGCUCUCUGGUUGCAUUGAUGCCACAAUAUCUACAAAAUGUAAAACAAGGCAAACAAACAAACCCAUUGAUGUAGAGAGGAUUAUUGUGUUGAAAACUAAUAAAGAUAUUAAGAUCAAGCAGAC